AUGAAUGUCUCAUCGGCCAAUGUGACAGUGUUUGUCCGAACUAAGGACUCCUUCACUAAAGCUGUCACUAAAAAUCUCAUUGUCAUCAUUCUCGGGAUUUUCAUCAACUACAUCAAUGCCUGCCUUUUUCACACCUUCAGAAAACACCAGGUAUAAUAUUCCCUACAGGUAUUGAGCAGAAAUAAUUCUUUUAGAAGAGAUUUUCAUCUUAAAAUCCUACAGGCCUUUUUUCUCAUGGAGGGUAAAGUUUUAUAGAAGCGGGAGGUUUAAAAUGACCAGAUUAUAGGAUCCAGAUCAUCCGCAACAAUCAUCCUGAAUGUGGAAUAAAAAUUGUUCAAUAAAAGGCUGAGAGAAGUAUUAUAAAGCAAGGCUUAGAGGGAAAAUCACAUCUGUUGAAUUUAAAGUCAGAGUUUUCAGAGUCAUAAAGAUGUCCAUAUUGUUUGACCACCGGCAGGCAGGUCGGGCCCAGCUAAAAUUCCCGUAUUCUACCAUGAUGUGGGUGGAGAGGGUGAGGUCGGAAUCAAAAAUCAGUCCUAGAUAUCUUGCUGUUGGUUUGAUAAUUUUUAAAUGUGGCACGAGACGACACUGUAUGGGGGGGGGGGGUCAAUAGUUCAGUUGAUGUCACAGGACGGUCCGUGACAGGUCUCAGAGGAAGGUAUAUCUGUGUGUCGUCCGUAUGGCAGUGAAAGGAGACUUUGUGGCGCUGAAAUAAUUGGCCGAGGGAAAGCAUGCAAAUAGAAAAUAAAAUAGAAAAUUGGACCUAAAACUGAACCUUGGGGUACACCACGGGCAAUAACACAUAGCUGUUUUCAUGUGGGCUAAAAUAUCACAUAAAAAGGGUAAGGACAAUGCCCCAAAACUGCAAAAUUAAUGGUGAACUUCCCUACAGGGGAACUAGGAGGAGUGAUCUGCUGCCUGAUAUCCAUUAUCUUUUUAAUAAAAUCAAUUAAAAUCUUCUUGCAGGUCAAGUCAAGUCAAGUUUAUUUGUAUAGCACAUUUCAGCAGCAGGGCAAUUCAAGGUGCUUGAGAAGCGUCAGUAAAAUAAGAGGGGUGGGGGGGUUGGUUAGUCACUCUAAAACCUUAAAUAAACUCUGGGUUUCAAAUAAUUAGCAAAAAUCUGAGAAAAAAGCAUCCUUUGCAUCUUUAACUGUCGAUCUUGUCCAUCCUAAUGGAAUCCCUCCGGAUUUCAUGGAAAACCACCACCCAUUUUCUUUUUUUUCAUUUUACGCUAAUUUCUUCUACAUGUUUUCUUUAGUUCAUGUGUGGCAGCUAAAGAUGCAGAAAUAAGCAGCCCAAAAAAACUUGCUAGCACAUGUUGAAUUGAAAAACUUAUGAUAAAUAGGAGAAUGAUCAAUAAAAGAGGGCAGGGUUAAUUCCAUGGAUAAUAAAACCAGUUUGUGAAUUGACACACAGAUAUCCUUGGUUAAAAAUUCCCUGGGACUAAGUCAGGUAAAUAAGCCCUUAUCUAGGCAAUAUCCCUUUACAUGGGUUGGUUCCUGUAUUGCCUUAAUUAGAUUGAAAGAUUUCAGAGUUUUAAUGAAAUCAACAUUUAAGGGUUGUGGGAGACGACAGAUAUGAACAUUAAAAUCACCUAGAAUAAGAAUUUUGUCCUAUUUACAAAUAAAAUGGGAUAGAAACUCUGAAAACUCCUGAAUAAAAACAUGGUUAUGUUUGGGGGGUCUAUAAACGAUUAAAAAUAAGUCAGGAUCUUUCAGUUUAAUACUAAAAGCAAGGUGCUCAAAAGAACUAAAAGUGCAGAAGGUGAUGGAGGUGCAUUAAAAACCUUGUAUAUGACAGCCACCUCCCAUCCCCGCCUGACUGCCAGGGUUGAUGGAGGUGAGUAAAAUCAGGGGUGGUGGCUCUGAUGAAACAAGUAUAAUUGAGUAUAAUUUAAUAUUAUUUAUUUCAGUUAAAAUAAAAUAGUCCAAGCUGUUUUAUGAAAUAAAAUUAUGACAUUAAAAUGUUUUGUUGUUAGUUGAUCUGAUGUUUAAUCGUCCAAAGCUUGCAGGUUUACUGUUAAAAGCAGGGUGCGGUAGCCAAGGAGGAAGCAAGGGAAUGUGUAUGAGAUAGGAGGGGGUUGAGGAUGUGAGGAUGUCAUGUGAACUGGAAUUAGAUGAUUCACUACUGGAACUGGUGUUGGGGGGUGGAGGAAGGCAGGGAUUGCCAGGUGAGUAGGCGGGGAUUGUGGGAGUGCUUUGUGAUGACCAGAGUUUAUUGUGUGGUGGUGGUGGUGGUGGCCAGCAUGUGGGAAAAUAAGUUGCUGAGUGCAGACUGUCAAAAAGGUGAGGAGUGGAUCAUGUACUGGAUAUUGUAAUAAAGCAUUUGGCUACCCUGCCUGUUGGAUAUUAUGUGUGAAAAGUGAUGCUCGGUCCCAAAAGAGAUUUAAGAUGUCAAUAAAGCAUAAUGGACUGGAUCCAGGUAUGGCAGCUGAGAAUCCUGCUUAAACGUUCUGUGGGGUUUGGGAUAUAGAUAAACAAAGUCUUUCUAGAGUCCUUUAAAACAUUAAUGAGCAAGUUAAAAUUCUUUUUGUGAUUUUGGACUUUUUGUAGGAAGUAUCCUUUGAGCCAACAUGAAGCACAAUAGGGGGCUCUAUUUUCGUGCCUUGAUGGCGUCGUGGCGCAGGCACGAUGCAUAAGUCAGGUCCACCACGCCGACAAGGCAACCAAGGCACAUUUUGGUAUUUUGGUGAGCAGCGCAGCCCAGCGUAAGUAUCCACUCUCCCUAACUCAGCUCCCCCCAGCGGCAUGAGUCAUAGCAAGGGGAGGAGAGAAGGUGUGGAGUGGGUUUAACACAGCGGAGACCUGUAUUGACUAAUAACAUCAGCUCCUCUCCUUGCCUUUGAGGCAUAUUACAAUUUUCAUAAAGUAGUUAAAGAGAUCAAGAGAUGGCUGCAGACAGCAAUGCCACAUGAUGGCAACAGAGCAGCUCCUCAAAAAGUGUCACUGUAAGCACUGCGGAGGGUGCGCUCCACACUCUCUCAUAUAAGCACAGAUGGAUUUGGUGUGUGUAAUGUUGGACCCACUGGUAAGACAAACACCCUUUUCCACAAAUAAAGACACUCACAUCAGGUUGCAUAUAUCUAAACCCCACAUGACAAAGGUGGGUUGUGCACACAGAUCACAACAUAAAUUCCAAUAAUGGCAUUAAAAUCGGAACCACCUGUGCGUAAAUGACACAUCGUGCUCCGUGGCCUGGCUCUUUCUUUCAGAGAUGUUGGCAUAUAAAAUAAAUUUGGCUAACAAAACUGAAUAGAUGUAUGUGGACCUAACUCCAGAUUGAAAAAAAAUCUGAUAAACUGGUAAUUUUGAGUGCAAGUUUCUUUUAUAUUAAUUUAUUUUUUGUUCAAAUUUUUGAAGUAAAUAACUUAUCUGAUCAUUAUAAUAAAUCAUCUGAUCAGCUCUGCCACUGCAUCAGCAGCAGGACGGAGAGAGGAUACGGAGACAUGUCAGGUGUUGUGCCAUAGACUGCACCCCAGCCAUAGAAUGCAUCCCCUGAGGGGAGCGUGGUUGAAAGCACAACAAGGCAAAAUAAUCCAGGUUUCCUUACUGUUGGAUAGAUUCAAAAGUAUGUGCCUUUAAUGAUUCCAUUCAGGCUAUUCAGAUAAGCCCAAAACAAUAGCCCUCUGAUUCAGAAUAUUUGCUGCCCAGAAAAUAUAAUAUUCUCUACCUUGACAGCUUACUGUAUGGUUUAUAUAACCCAAGUACACCUCUGUAUGUGCAUUUUUUAAAUACCUAAAAUCAAAACGAAAGUUUGCUGCUCCAUUUGACAUGUUGUCAUGAUCCAAUACUCGUGUUUUUUUUUUUUUAGAUUUGAGAUCAUUUUCUUCCUCUCUAAGAAGCCAAUGAGUGGAUGGGAUGCAGGGGAUGCAUUCUACAGCAGGGGAUGCAUUCUACGGCACAACACCUAUCAAGCUGCGUGAGGAAGGAGGAGGAUAAGCGGGGAGACGAAUGAAAUAUCUUGUUAACUUCAUCAUGUAUUUAAUGUAAUGCAGUUUUAGCUGUGUUAAUUCAGUCAGGUGAAGUGUCCAAACUAGUGGUGGGCAAAACCGUUCAUUUCAGUGAACCGGAUCAUUCUGGUUCGUUCAGUAAGAAGAUCCGUUCAUUUCGGUCAAUUGGUCAUUAGUCAAUCCGUUUGCUCAUGUUCACGUUCGUUCAGAUGCUGAGCGAAAGUGAACGUGAGCGAACGGACUGACUCAACACGGCUGACCGGGUUUAUGCAGGGGGAGAUCUGUUCAGACUCUGAACGAACAAGAGUCUCUUAGCUCCCUUUGUGACAAUAACAUCAAGUAUUUCCAACAUAUACGUCUUUGCUGACAUUCAAAACACAGAGAGAUCUAAGGAUACGUAUUCAACAGCUGUACGACUUUGGACAAUCUCAUGCGCAUUUUUUCGAAAGUCUCCAGGUAACAGGGUCACUUUUUACACCGAAACAACUGCAUGUUGACCCAGCUAAACCAAGCUGGUUUAGCACAUUACCCAUUGGCACUAAUUCAAAUGGUGGCUGAAUACAGAUGUGUCUGUACACAGACACAGUACAGCAUCGGGAUAUUUUGCUGGAAAAACGCAUCGGCUGCCUCAAGUAACCCUGCGUACUCUUAUCAACCGCUGUUUGUUAGCUUAGUGUGCUAAACCUUCUGCUAGUGAGUCUCUGCCUCUGGCUGCAGCAGCAGCAGCUGUGUGCCUAUGUGUGUGUGUGACUGUCCCGCUCGCUCGGGCUCGGCUGUUGGCUCGUGCGGCAGCCGCGGCACUGUUUGUUGGACUCGUGAGUACAGAUACCCCCCGCAAGAAACUGCCUUAUGGUUUAUUUUAUUCAGUACAUCCUGUUGCGUUCGCAAGUCAGUCGGCUAGUGACAGGCUGACAGCACCUCGCAGAGAGUGAAUGCUUGUACUCAGUCUGAGAGUCGGUCAAUCUCUCGGUCAGACCAAGCUGACUGAAAAGACAGAGACUGAGUCGGUCAUCGGUCCCGGUCUUUCAGUCAGCUCAGUACUGCUGCUGCUUCUCUAAGCCCCACCCACCCACAGAGCGAGGCGCGACGAUAGGAUAAGACAGGCAAGCACAGAGAUAGUCCCGCCCUAAGGAACGGUGAACUGACUCUUCAGCCAAUCAAAAGAACUGAACAGACUGAACGGAUCAUUUAGGGAGGGUGACCUCAUUUAUUUCGAUCACCAAAAAGAACUAGUUCUUUUGAUCCAUUCGUUCAUGACCGACACACCACUAGUCCAAACGCGUGCCAAACGUGCUCAUCAGAUAAGAUAUCGAUCAGAAUAUAUCGAUAUAGAUCUAAAUGUAUGUGCUGAUUCAGAUAGUUGCACUGAAUAGUGGUUGUUGAUGAUUAUUUAUUGCACUGAAAUGUGCCUGACACUGUGGAAACCUGCCUGUGAGGCAUUGCUGACUACCCCGCUUGCCUACCAAAAUACCACUAGACCAGCUGCACUCCGCCUGUGCUGAAAGCUGACCUGAUUUGAAUCAGCAAGCUGUCAGCGCACUUUUCACGUCGGCGGUGAGCACGAAAAUGUCACUGCCAGCUGAUUCUGUCGACACCUCCCCUUACCACGCAUCCAUGCCCAGAUUGGUGGACCUUGGCGGACCUUGGCGCGCCUCAGGCUACGAAAAUACUAAACUGGCUAUGCACCGGACUCUGCCAGACGAAAAUACUACUGCGUGGGGUCCGCCACUGUCCACUGCGUCGCCGGCGGGCACGAAAAUAGAGCCCCUUGUCUUGAACAUGGAGACAGAGGAGGGGAGAAAGGGGAUUAAGAGUUUGUGCAGGAUACACACACACACAAACAUACACACUCUCACACACUGGUAAAAGCCUACUUUGAUGACCUGUAACUGUGCUUUACAACAGUUGAGUUCACACCAUCACAGCAGUCAAGGAAGUAGGCAUCAUGGCAGGUUAUGUUACCCCUUGCCUUCACAAUGGCCAUAAAAGCCAUCAUUAGGGCCUCAAGGUGGGUGUUGGGGGUUAGCGGACAUGGAUGACAUGACCACACUGACCACUACUGCAGCAUGCAUAAACAAGUCAUUAAGCCUCUCAGUACUCAAGAAAGAGCUCAAAAACAUUAAGUUCUGCGUUGGUGAUGACCCAAUACCAACAGUGUAUGAGCAACCUGUCAAAAGCAUUGGUAGAUGGUACAAUGCAAGCCUCAGGGACUAAGACCAAUUGCAUCAACUCAGGCAGGACAUCACCAACAGUCAUAAAAGCAUCAACAAGACCCUGCUGCCAGGGAAGCUCAAGUUCUGGUGCCCCCAGUUUGGAAUUUUUUGCUGGGUAAUGUGGCCACUCACUAUUUAUGGGGCCCCAAUAACAACUGUGGAGAAGAUGGAGUGAACUAUGACUUCAUAUGUCAAAAAAUAGCUUGGUGUACCACAUUGUCUGACCAACAUCAGCUUCUGGGGCAAAGGAGUCCUUGAACUACCUAUCACAAGUCUAACCAAAGAGUACAAGUGCACUAAACUAAGACUCCAGAUUACUUUUAAGGAUUCCAGAGACCAAACUAUCAGUAAUGCUGAACAACCCCUUUCAACGAGUCAGAAGGGGACAUCAUCAUGAUGCAGCAUGCUAUGUCAGCCCUGAGGAACAACAACAUCCCGGAGCAUGUCCUGCUGUAGAGAGGAGGCUUUGGCCUUGCAGCAAGUAAACUAACUUGGUGUAAGGGCACAACAUUAGAGAGGAGGAAAAUGUGGUUGAGGAGUUGUGCAAUCAGGAGGAGGCUGAAAGAAGUGCAAAGUCUGUUUGUCUUGCUAAUCAGGGACAAUGGACAAGGUGGGAGGACCUGGAGAGGAGAAAGCUCAGCUGAAAGGACCUCUAGGAAAUUGGUAACAACAAGUAACAUCGGCUUCAUCAUCAAAGCUACCUAAAAAACCUCCACUAGUGGUUAGGCAAAGACCCAACCUGUGCCUUCCGCCAAACUCAGAGGACUCUCAAACAUAUCCUGACCAGUUGCAAGAUCAGCCUCACACAAGGCUGUUACACCUGAAGGCACAACCAGGUUCUCAAGAGUCUGAUAGGAGCUCUUGAAAGCAGGAGGAAUAUGACCAACUCCUGGCCCCUGUGAGCAAUCAGUUCCAUCACAGCACGAACAUUCAUCCGUGAGGGACAGAAAAUGCCCAACCAUCCUCUUGCCAAAUCAGAGCCCGGGAGCUAGCUAUAGCCUGGGAUUUUAGGUUGCUAGUUAACACUAGCCAACAACUGAGCCGUCCACUUGAGAUUGCAGCCACCUCCCUUAGGCCAGACUUGUUAGUCUGGUCUCCUUCUCCUAGCAUCACAGAGCUCACAGUCUUGUGGAAAAGUUUAACUGAGGGGGGGUUAGAGCAUGUCUAAAACACAAAAUUUUAAUAUUUCACAGACAUAUUUGAAUCAUUUUUAAGACCAUGAACACUUUGUGCACAUUUUACAUGCGCUGCGGGCAUGAGCAACUCCGGCAGGAAAGAGGAAGCUAAAGAAGCCAUUGCAUUACUCCAUCCCACUAUUAUAUAUCAAAACACAACAGGACAUCCUCCUCUUUCAAAUGAGACCUGUCUUAACUCACUAUGAUGUAUAUACACCCCUCCAGGUUCAGAAUGGUAAGCAGGUAACAUUUCCACAGGAAAAGAAAAAGAGUAAUCCAUUUUCCUCAUUUUCCGCGGUGAAAUCCGCCACUAAACUUUCUUUUUGGUCUUUUUUUUUCAUAAAGUUCCCCACGAGCUACACAACAAAUAUUUUCUUCUUAUUGAACCACAAAAAUGCCUAUCAAACUGACAGGUAUUGUCAGUCACCUGACAACAAAAAUUGAUAUUUAUAUACUGGUUGAAAAUAGCCCUGUGAGGAAUUCAUAGUAAAAUUCUUAAAAAGUUAAUAUAAUUUAAAAAUUCAGUGAGAAGUUCAGAAAUUUCAUCCAAAAAGAGGAACUCUGGUUAGCACCCUCAUUUAAACCAUGCAUUUUUUUUUUAUAUCUUGCCUAGUGAAGAAUCAGAAUAGAGAAUCUUUAGGAACCGAAAUUGAAACAAGGAAGAGUAAUCGGAAUCGGAAUCAUUCAAAAUCAAACGAUACCCAACCCUAUAACCCACUGUACAGAUUAAGAAUAAGAGCUUUAUUAAUCCCCGAAAUGAAAUUCAAUCCACUCCACAGGUGUUCACUGGUUGAAGAGGAGGUUUGGAUGUACGGAAGUCUAUGACUAUCUCCUUUGUCUUUGAGGUGUUGAGGAGGAGGCAGUUUUUGUGACUCCAGUCACUGAAGGCUCUUAUUAGAUCUCUGUAUUCAGCUUCUUGUUCAUUUCUGAUACAUGCCACAAUAGGGGGUCAUCUGAGUAUUUCCGGUUGUGGCAGGACUCAGUGCUGUAUUUGAAGUCUGACAGUGUGAACAGGAAUGGCGCCAGCACUGUCCCUUGUGGGGCCCCUGUACUGCUCAUUAAUGUCCCAGGAACACAGUUUUCCAGCCUGACAAACUGUGUCCUUCCUGUCAGGUAAUCUGCGAUCCAGGAAACACAGGAAGGAUCCACUCCCAUCUCUGUGAGCUUGUCUUUGAGUAAGGUGGGUUGAAUGGUGAUGAAUGGACUUGAAAACUCAAUGAACAUGAUCCUGACAUAAACCCCAGGUUCCUCCAGAUGAGACAGGGCACGGUGAAGCAUGUAGAGGACAGCAUCAUCCACUACAAUGUCUUCUUUGUAUGCAAACUGCAGGGAGUUCAGUUUGUCUUUGACCUCAGACCUCAGAAGGUGUAGAAUUAGCCGCUCCAGGGUUUUCAUGAUGUGUGAAGUGAGGGCCACUGGUCUGUAGUCAUUGAGUUAAGCAGGACAUUUUGUUUUUGGUACUGGCACAAUGCAGGAUGUUUUCCACAGAGUAGGUACCCGCCCCAGCUGUAGACUCAGGUUGAAGAUCCUGUGGAGAGGUUGACACAGUUCUGCAGCACAGUCUUUAAGCAGCCUUGGACACACACCAUCUGGACCAGCUGCCUUCCCAGGACAAAGUCUUCCAAGCUCAAUCCUCACCCCUGUUUCAGUGACAGACAAGGACUGGUGUUCUAGGAGGGAGGCAGAAGUGGUUGAGACAUUUUGUAGUGGAGGUUGUAGUGGAGAUUUGUUGCAGAGAGGAAGGUGGAGUAGCAGUGGAAGUGGGUGUGACAGCAGUGUCAAAUCUGUUGAAGAACAGGUUGAGUUCAUCAGCUCUUUUCACAUCACCCACCACUGGCUGUCUUUUCUUUUUAUUGCUGUGUUCAGAGAUGGCACUGCUUCCUCUCCACACUUCACAGAUGUUGCUGUGUUGAAGAUUCUUCUCCAUCUUCUUUUUGUACUCAAGCUUUGCCAUCUUCAGUCUUCAACUCUUGUUGCACUUGUUUGAGUCGUUCUUUGUCACCAUCUUUAAAAGCUGAUAAAAAUAAAACAUAAUUGGACAUGAUAAACCUUUGAAUAAUCAAGCCUGAGGAGAUUGUCUGACAUGUUUUGUGGUUCUUCUCUUCAGAUCUUCUACAGGAACCCUCGGUACAUCCUGUUUAUCCACCUGGUGGUCAAUGACACGAUCCAGUUGACAAUCACAAUCAUCUUAUUCCACGUCAGCUACAUUUUCUACAAUAUAAGUGUCCCAAUCUGUUUCACUGCAAUCCUGCCAGCCAUUCUUGCCACUGAGAACACCCCUCUGAACUUGGCCUGUAUGGCAAUUGAGUGCUACAUCUCCAUCUGCAUGCCGCUUCGCCAUGUGCAGAUAUGCACUAUUAAAAGAACGCUGCUGCUGCUGAUUGGUUUAAUCUGGACUCUGAGCAUGUUGUCUGUUCUUCCUGACCUCUUAAUCACUGUUGGGACAGAACCACCAGAAUUCUUUAGCUCAAGAGUCUUCUGUGUCAGAGACAAGGCCUUCCCAAGUCCUGUUAUUCUGUUGAAGAGGGACAUCGUAUAUUCACUGUUUCUCAUCAUAGUUUGGAUCAUUAUCUUCUUUUCUUACUUCAAGAUCCUCUUCACUGCAAAAAGUGUGAGCAAAGAUGCUAAAAAAAGCCAGAAACACCAUCCUGCUGCAUGGUUUUCAGUUGCUGCUCUGUAUGUCCACAUAUGUAGGCCCUUCAUUACUAGAGCUCCUGAGACAGUGGUUCCCUCAGGAUUACAUGGACCACCUCUUUGCAUAUUAUAUUAUAGUGCAGAUCCUGCCCAGAUCCAUCAGUCCAGUUAUCUAUGGUGUACGAGACAACACAUUGAGGAGGUAUCUCAAAAGAUAUCUGUUCUGUGGUGUCAAUUCAAUUCAAAGCCUUUAAUAAAAAGAUAUGUGGGAAAAAGAGAAAAAACAUCUCUGUCUUCUAAAUGAAGUCAACGUGUAAAAUUAUAAAAACUCAGCUGUUAGAAAUGAUGAAUCAGGAAACUGACAUAGUUUAUCUGACUCUUUAAGCCCAACAUCUACCACUAAUUCAACUAUUAAUGAGGUUUAGCAUGCAACAGGAAUUAAAGGGGGGGGGGGGGGCUGUAACCCCAGUAAAACAAAAGCCAUACUUGCAUAUUUAUUCCAUGCACAUAUGCCUUACGUCUUCUCUGUGCCUAACAUACCUUAUGCAGACUUAGUCACGUGACUGCGCUCGACAAUUGGUAGCAUGUAGAGCGGCUGUUCAACCUGUGAUGGCAGCCUUCUUGUCAGACAUGUUUCAGGGAAACCGUCCAACAUAAGGUGACAUUGUUUCUUUUAUUUUAUUUUACAUUUACUGUUUUUUCAAGUUUCUUACUGUGUAGCAUGAUAAAAACGGUGCCAAUUUCUUUCAGGUUGGUAUUAUUUUGUACGGACAAGAAAGGCUGACAUUUCAAAGGUCUGGUUGACUUACAACAUCAUGGGGUCCGGCGAAACUCAAAAGGACCACAUCAAAUAUCCCUCCCAGUACGGUAUCAAUCACAUGGUUACAGUUAGAAACUUGAGAAACAAACAAAUACUAGGACCCCGUUGGGGCACUGGCGGGCCCGAGCCGUGUCGCGUCCCCCCCCCCCCCCAACGUGCUGCCUCCCCGUCCCAUUUGUGUCCUCUGGCCAUCGCCCUCUCUGGUAACGCCCAUCACUGCAAAGACCCUUUUCCUUCAUCGGCGUUUGCUGUUCUUCCUGCCAGUGCGUGUUGCUUUCACUUACACUUGCCACAGCCAGCCUCGUGAGUGCCUAGCCUAUUGGAUAUCACUGUCACCUACACAGGACAGUCAUUACCUUUCUAUUAAUACUUUGUGUUUUAAUUUCACAUUAAUUUCCAUAUUGUAUAAACGACUGGAAAAAACUUGAGCCCCUGCCCCUGUAUAAUCAUGUGCAUGUCUCUGUUCUAGCUCCAAGGUGAAUCUUCACUGCUCAUGUUCUCCUCAGAAGCACUCACCUCACUCCCCUCAGGUUACUGUACACAUGCACCAACUGCCUGCUUCAGGUUUGGAUGGAGCUUCAUGGUUGUCUUUUGGAGAAAUGACCAGUCAAGUUGUGUUUGAAAUUUGAUUUUUUUCAGGGGCAAAAGGAGCCUCUGCAUUGUUGUCAAAUAUGUAAAUAGCAUGUUUUUGCAGGUGCUAAAAACCAGACUCUGAGUGUGUGUGUGUGUGUGUGUGUGUGUGUGUGUGUGUGUGUCUAUGUGUGCGUUCAAGUCACAUGACAUAUUUAACCGGAUGUAGCUGCAAGACGGAGCCUCGUUGACUCUCCGUUUCAACUUAUCUCAAAAGUGAGGACCUCAACCUAUAUACCAGUUUUUAAAUUGUGUUGAUAGGCCAAAUAAAACCAGAGUUAUGAUAAAUUAUGUCCGCGAUACUUUUUUUCUGCUUAUUUUGAUCACGUUCGGCGCUCGAUCGCGCUGUAUGAGACAGGAAAACAUAGCAUGCAGACAUUAGCGACAGGUCUUACAGGCGGAAAAGGCUUGCCAAAAGAAAAAAAAAACACACCACAACAUCUCUCCUAUUGGUGGAAAACUUCACCACAACAACCAAUCCAAAAUUAUAUGGUGACUGAUUGACAAGGGGCGGGCGCUUACGUUCUUCCUGCAACAUGAGAAGGGAGGGAGGGACUCUCAGCAGGGAUGCAGUCUGGGACACGUAGUUGCAAACCUAGCGACUUUGUUGUUAGAUUCAAUGACUUUUCAGACCCCCUAACGACUUUUUUUUAGAAAGAAAGGGACUUUUAUCGACUUCUUCUGGAGUUUAGAGACUCUGACAUGAAGCAGGCUUUCCUUACUGAGGAGUUAGCAACGCUGCUAAGGGUGCAGAGCCACACAUGCGCUCAGAGCUCUGCAUGGGAGACUGAAGCUGACAGAGCUGCAGCAGUUAGCAGGUUUCACCCUCAGAGACCACCAGGGGUUCAUGUUGAGGCAUUUUAAUUUUUUUUUUUUUUUGUGCCAUAGACACUGUCAGCACAAUCUGCAGUUACACUAACAAAAAUGCUGCAAAAAACAAAGAAUUAUGGAAAAAUUACACAUGGACUGACAUAGAGGAGGAUCUACACAAGUUUUUUACAUCAUGUUUUACAUCAUGCAUCAUUUACAUCAUGUUUUUUUGUAGUGGCAUAAAUAAAAAGUGACAUUUGUGAGACUAUACAGUGUUUUGUAAAUAAUUUUACAAAGAACGCCUGGGCCAUUGCCUGCAUUUUGAUGUAAAUAGAGGUAAAUUACUAUGUUCUUUGUUAAAAAUUUGCAUAUGUUUUGAAGUUUACAAUUUUUAUUUGAAGUUUAAGUUUUAAAAACAGUUCAUCACACAUAUUUGUGGUUUAAUUUCACAUUAAUUUCCAUAUUGUAUAAAUGACUGGAAAAAACUUGAGCCCCUGCCCCUGUAUAAUCAUGUGCACGUCCCUGUUCUAGCUCCAAGGUGAAUCUUCACUGCUCAUGUUCUCCUCAGAAAUAGUCACCUCACUCCCCUCAGGUUACUGUACACAUGCACCAACUAUCUGCUUCAGGUUUGAAAUGGAGCUUCAUGGUUGUCUUUUGGAGAAAUGAACAGUCAAGUUGUGUUUGAAAUUUGAUUUUUUUCAGGGGCAAAAGGAAGCCUCUGCAUUCUUGUCAAAUAUGUAAACAGCAUGUUUUUGCAGGUGCUAAAAAACAGACUCUGAGUGGGUGUGUGUCUGUGUGUGUGUGUGUGUGUGUGUGUGUGUGUGUGUGUGUGUAUGUUGGCGUGUGUGUAUAUGUGUGUGUAUCCUGCAGUACUCUGUACUCCUGCAGUGGCCAAAAAGACUUUUAAGAAUGUGGAUUUUUGGGUCAUCUUUGGCGCCCCCUAGAACUGCAGUACUCUGUACUCCUGCAGUGGCCAAAAUGACUUUUAAGAAUGUGGAUUUUUGGGUCAUCUUUGGCGCCCCCUAGAACGUAAACCGUGGGUGGCAGCGUCAUGAUUUUUACAACUUUGAAUGGGCAUGGGGUGUAGAUUGCCCUGAGCAAAUUUGGUAUCGGUGGGACGAAAGCCUUAGGAGGAGAUAGCCACAUUCCAAUGUGUGCGAAUCGGCAAAAAAUGCAAAAUAGCCCUUUAACCAUACAUUAUACAGAUACGCGCUCUUUGACUUUUUCGUAGAUCUAAUUGAGAUACACAUGAUUGUCAAUUUUUGUGUCAAUAUGACAAAGCGUUCAGGCGUGACACUCAACAAUGUGUAUUUUUAUGUAAGGGGACAAGAAAAAAUUGACUUUUUUCUCCUACCAUGGGGGGGCGCUCUUUUGGGGAGUAAAAAUUCCUUCACAAAUGUGUUGAUGGCUGGACAUUGCAUCAUCCUAGAAAACUUGGAGGCCAGUGAGGACAAAAAUAAAAAGUUAUAAAACAUUUAAGAAUGUGGAUUUUUGGGUUAUUUUUGGCGCCCCCUAGAACCUAAACCAUGGGGUGCAGCAUCAUGAUUUGAAUAACUUUUAAUGGCCAUGGGGUGUAGAUUGGCCUGAGCAAAUGUGGUGCCGGUGGAACGAAAGCCUUCGGAGGAGUUAGCGAAAUUCCAAUGUGUGCGUAUCGGCAAAUAAUGCGGAAUAACCCUUUAACUGUACAUUUGACAGAUACGCGCGCGUGGACUUUUUUGUAGAUCUUAUUGAGUUACAUGUGUGUGUCAAUUUUUGUGUCAUUUUGACAAAGCGUAUAGGCGUGACACUCAACAAUGUGUAUUUUCACCUUAGGGGACAAGAAAAAAUGGACUUUUUUCUCCUGCCAUGGGGGGGCGCUCUUUUGGGGAGUAAAAAUUCCUUCACAAAUGUGUUGAUGGCUGGACAUUGCAUCAUCCUAGAAAACUUGGAGGCCAGUGAGGACAAAAAUAAAAAGUUAUAAGACUUUUAAAUAUGUGGAUUUUAGUGUUAUCUUUGGCGCCCCCUAGAACCUAAACCUUGGGGUGCAGCGUCAUGAUUUUGAUAACUUUUAAUGGCCACGGGGUGUAGAUUGGCCUGAGCAAAUGUGGUGCCGGUGGAACGAAAGCCUUCGGAGGAGUUAGCGAAAUUCCAAUGUGUGCGGAUCGGCAAAAAAUGCGAAAUAACCCUUUAACCGUAAUUUUGACAGAUACGGCCGCACUGACUUUUUUGUAGAUCUUAUUGAGAUACAUAUGUGUGUCAAUUUUUGUGUCAAUAUGAGAAAGCGUACAGGCGUGACAGUCAAUAGUGUGAAUUUUCACCUUAGGGGGCGCUAUGGAGCCAUUUUGCAUUUUAUUGUUUGGGCGACUUCAGAAUAUCGAAUUUUUCACCAGGCCCGGUCGUCCUGCCAAAUUUCAUGAGUUUUCGCCAGUGGGAAGUGGGCCAUUUUCCAGUUCAAAGGGGAGGAAAAAGAAGAACUAGGGCCCCGUUGGGGCACUGGCGGGCCCGAGCCGCGUUGCGCCGCCCCCAGUGCGACCGCCUCCCCCUCCCCAUCGCGUCACACUCAAGGUCCAAAGAUGGUGUGCGCACUUGUCUGUGGUCAUUUCCCAUUAUAAUGAAUGGGAGGCGCAGUUUCUACCAAAACACUCGCUGCAGACAAACUACAUGUCCUAUUUGAAAAAAGUCUGGACCAUGAGUGAGGGCACAAACACAGCUAGGAUAUAUCCAAACGGCAAGUUGCUCCUCGUUACGGUGUUGCCGGGAGAGCGAUGCGAUUGAGCCAUUGAGUGAUGGGCAGGAAAAACUUGACUGUUUCUCCUGCCAUGGGGGAUGGGGGAUGGGAGGGGGGAAAGGGAUGUGGAUUCUUUUAAGAAUGUGGAUAUUUGGGUCAUCUUUGGCGCCCCCUAGAACGUAAACCGUGGGGUGCAGCGUCAUGAUUUUUAAAACUUUGAAUGGCCAUGGGGUGUAGAUUGGCCUGAGCAAAUUUGGUGUCAGUGGGACGAAAGCCUUAGGAGGAGUUAGCCACAUUCCAAUGUGUGCUAAUCGGCAAAAAAUGCAAAAUAGCCCUUUAACCGUACAUUUUACAGAUACGCGCGCAUUGACUUUUUCGUAGAUCUUAUUGAGAUACAUGUGUGUGUCAAAUUUUGUGUCAAUAUGACAAAGCAUACAGGUAUGACAGUCAACAAUGUGUAUUUUCACCUUAUGGGACAAGAAAAAAUGGACUUUUUUCUCCUGCCAUGGGGGGGCGCUCUUUUAGGGAGUAAAAAUUCCUUCACAAAUGUGUUGAUGGCUGGACAUUGCAUCAUCCUAGAAAACUUGGAGGCCAGAGAGGACAAAAAUAAAAAGUUAUAAGACUUUUAAAUAUGUGGAUUUUAGGGUUAUCUUUGGCGCCCCCUAGAACCUAAACCGUGGGGUGCAGCGUCAUGAUUUGAAUAACUUUUAAUGGCCAUGGGGUGUAGAUUGGCCUGAGCAAAUGUGGUGCCGGUUGAACGAAAGCCUUCGGAGGAGUUAGCGAAAUUCCAAUGUGUGCGGAUCGGCAAAAAAUGCGAAAUAACCCUUUAACCGUACAUUUGACAGAUACGCCCGCACUGACUUUUUUGUAGAUCUUAUUGAGAUACAUGUGUGUGUCAAUUUUUGUGUAAUUUUGACAAAGCGUACAGGCGUGACAGUCAAUAGUGUGAAUUUUCACCUUAUGGAACAAGAAAAAAUGGACUUUUUUCUCCUGCCAUGGGGGGGCGCUCUUUUGGGGAGUAAAAAUUCCUUCACAAAUGUGUUGAUGGCUGGACAUUGCAUCAUCCUAGAAAACUUGGAGGCCAGUGAGGGCAAAAAUAAAAAGUUAUAAGACUUUGAAAUAUGUGGAUUUUAGGGUUAUCUUUGGCGCCCCCUAGAACAUAAACCGUGGGGUGCAGCGUCAUGAUUUGAAUAACUUUUAAUGGCCAUGGGGUGUAGAUUGGCCUGAGCAAAUGUGGUGCCGGUGGAACGAAAGCCUUCGGAGGAGUUAGCGAAAUUCCAAUGUGUGCGGAUCGGCAAAAAAUGCGAAAUAACCCUUUAACCGUACAUUUGACAGAUACGCGCACAUGGACUUUUUUGUAGAUCUUAUUGAGAUACAUGUGUGUGUCAAUUUUUGUGUCAUUUUGACAAAGCGUACAGGCGUGACACUCAACAAUGUGUAUUUUCACCUUAGGGGACAAGAAAAAAUUGACUUUUUUCUCCUGCCAUGGGGGGGCGCUCUUUUGGGGAGUAAAAAUUCCUUCACAAAUGUGUUGAUGGCUGGACAUUGCAUCAUCCUAGAAAACUUGGAGGCCAGUGAGGACAAAAAUAAAAAGUUAUAAGACUUUUAAAUAUGUGGAUUUUAGGGUUAUCUUUGGCGCCCCCUAGAACCUAAACCGUGGGGUGCAGCGUCAUGAUUUUGAUAACUUUUAAUGGCCAUGGGGUGUAGAUUGGCCUGAGCAAAUGUGGUGCCGGUGGAACGAAAGCCUUAGGAGGAGUUAGCGAAAUUCCAAUGUGUGCGGAUCGGCAAAAAAUGCGGAAUAACCCUUUAACCGUACAUUUGACAGAUACGCGCGCAUUGACUUUUUCGUAGAUCUUAUUGAGUUACAUGUGUGUGUCAAUUUUUGUGUCAUUUUGACAAAGAGUUUAGGCGUGACACUCAACAAUGUGUAUUUUCAUGUUAGGGGACAAGAAAAAAUUGACUUUUUUCUCCUGCCAUGGGGGGGCGCUCUUUUGGGGAGUAAAAAUUCCUUCACAAAUGUGUUGAUGGCUGGACAUUGCAUCAUCCUAGAAAACUUGGAGGCCAGUGAGGACAAAAAUAAAAAGUUAUAAGACUUUUAAAUAUGUGGAUUUUAGUGUUAUCUUUGGCGCCCCCUAGAACCUAAACCUUGGGGUGCAGCGUCAUGAUUUUGAUAACUUUUAAUGGCCACGGGGUGUAGAUUGGCCUGAGCAAAUGUGGUGCCGGUGGAACGAAAGCCUUCGGAGGAGUUAGCGAAAUUCCAAUGUGUGCGGAUCGGCAAAAAAUGCGAAAUAACCCUUUAACCGUAAUUUUGACAGAUACGGCCGCACUGACUUUUUUGUAGAUCUUAUUGAGAUACAUAUGUGUGUCAAUUUUUGUGUCAAUAUGACAAAGCGUACAGGCGUGACAGUCAAUAGUGUGAAUUUCCACCUUAGGGGGCGCUAUGGAGCCAUUUUGCAUUUUAUUGUUUGGGCGACUUCAGAAUAUCGAAUUUUUCACCAGGCCCGGUCGUCCUGCCAAAUUUCAUGAGUUUUCGCCAGUGGGAAGUGGGCCAUUUUCCAGUUCAAAGGGGAGGAAAAAGAAGAAAGAAAGAAACAAAGAAAAACCCCUACAGGAAUAACAGGGCCUACGCCCGGCUGCUCUGCAGCUGGCUCGGGCCCUAAAGAAAGAAAGAACUAGGACCCCGUUGGGGCACUGGCGGGCCCGAGCCGUGUCGCGUCCCCCCCCCCAACGUGCUGCCUCCCCGUCCCAUUUGUGUCCUCUGGCCAUCGCCCUCUCUGGUAACGCCCAUCACUGCAAAGACCCUUUUCCUUCAUCGGCGUUUGCUGUUCUUCCUGCCAGUGCGUGUUGCUUUCACUUACACUUGCCACAGCCAGCCUCGUGAGUGCCUAGCCUAUUGGAUAUCACUGUCACCUACACAGGACAGUCAUUACCUUUCUAUUAAUACUUUGUGUUUUAAUUUCACAUUAAUUUCCAUAUUGUAUAAACGACUGGAAAAAACUUGAGCCCCUGCCCCUGUAUAAUCAUGUGCAUGUCUCUGUUCUAGCUCCAAGGUGAAUCUUCACUGCUCAUGUUCUCCUCAGAAGCACUCACCUCACUCCCCUCAGGUUACUGUACACAUGCACCAACUGCCUGCUUCAGGUUUGGAUGGAGCUUCAUGGUUGUCUUUUGGAGAAAUGACCAGUCAAGUUGUGUUUGAAAUUUGAUUUUUUUCAGGGGCAAAAGGAGCCUCUGCAUUCUUGUCAAAUAUGUAAAUAGCAUGUUUUUGCAGGUGCUAAAAACCAGACUCUGAGUGUGUGUGUGUGUGUGUGUGUGUGUGUGUGUGUGUGUGUGUGUGCGUGUGUGUGUGUCUAUGUGUGCGUUCAAGUCACAUGACAUAUUUAACCUGAUGUAGCUGCAAGACGGAGCCUCGUUGACUCUCCGUUUCAACUUAUCUCAAAAGUGAGGACCUCAACCUAUAUACCAGUUUUUAAAUUGUGUUGAUAGGCCAAAUAAAACCAGAGUUAUGAUAAAUUAUGUCCGCGAUACUUUUUUUCUGCUUAUUUUGAUCACGUUCGGCGCUCGAUCGCGCUGUAUGAGACAGGAAAACAUAGCAUGCAGACAUUAGCGACAGCUCUUACAGGCGGAAAAGGCUUGCCAAAAGAAAAAAAAAACACACCACAACAUCUCUCCUAUUGGUGGAAAACUUCACCACAACAACCAAUCCAAAAUUAUAUGGUGACUGAUUGACAAGGGGCGGGCGCUUACGUUCUUCCUGCAACAUGAGAAGGGAGGGAGGGACUCUCAGCAGGGAUGCAGUCUGGGACACGUAGUUGCAAACCUAGCAACUUUGUUGUUAGAUUCAAUGACUUUUCAGACACCCUAACGACUUUUUUUUAGAAAGAAAGGGACUUUUAUUGACUUCUUCUGGAGUUUAGAGACUCUGACAUGAAGCAGGCUUUCCUUACUGAGGAGUUAGCAACGCUGCUAAGGGUGCAGAGCCACACAUGCGCUCAGAGCUCUGCAUGGGAGACUGAAGCUGACAGAGCUGCAGCAGUUAGCAGGUUUCACCCUCAGAGACCACCAGGGGUUCAUGUUGAGGCAUUUUAAUUUUAUUUUUUUUUUUGUGCCAUAGACACUGUCAGCAAAAUCUGCAGUUACACUAACAAAAAUGCUGCAAAAAACAAAGAAUUAUGGAAAAAUUACACAUGGACUGACAUAGAGGAGGAUCUACACAAGUUUUUUACAUCAUGUUUUACAUCAUGCAUCAUUUACAUCAUGUUUUUUUGUAGUGGCAUAAAUAAAAAGUGACAUUUGUGAGACUAUACAGUGUUUUGUAAAUAAUUUUACAAAGAACGCCUGGGCCAUUGCCUGCAUUUUGAUGUAAAUAGAGGUAAAUUACUAUGUUCUUUGUUAAAAAUUUGCAUAUGUUUUGAAGUUUACAAUUUUUAUUUGAAGUUUAAGUUUUAAAAACAGUUCAUCACACAUAUUUGUGGUUUAAUUUCACAUUAAUUUCCAUAUUGUAUAAAUGACUGGAAAAAACUUGAGCCCCUGCCCCUGUAUAAUCAUGUGCACGUCCCUGUUCUAGCUCCAAGGUGAAUCUUCACUGCUCAUGUUCUCCUCAGAAAUAGUCACCUCACUCCCCUCAGGUUACUGUACACAUGCACCAACUAUCUGCUUCAGGUUUGAAAUGGAGCUUCAUGGUUGUCUUUUGGAGAAAUGAACAGUCAAGUUGUGUUUGAAAUUUGAUUUUUUUCAGGGGCAAAAGGAAGCCUCUGCAUUCUUGUCAAAUAUGUAAACAGCAUGUUUUUGCAGGUGCUAAAAAACAGACUCUGAGUGUGUGUGUGUGUGUGUGUGUGUGUGUGUGUGUGUGUGUGUGUGUGUGUGUGUGUGUAUGUUGGCGUGUGUGUAUAUGUGUGUGUAUCCUGCAGUACUCUGUACUCCUGCAGUGGCCAAAAAGACUUUUAAGAAUGUGGAUUUUUGGGUCAUCUUUGGCGCCCCCUAGAACUGCAGUACUCUGUACUCCUGCAGUGGCCAAAAUGACUUUUAAGAAUGUGGAUUUUUGGGUCAACUUUGGCGCCCCCUAGAACGUAAACCGUGGGGUGCAGCGUCAUGAUUUUUACAACUUUGAAUGGGCAUGGGGUGUAGAUUGCCCUGAGCAAAUUUGGUAUCGGUGGGACGAAAGCCUUAGGAGGAGAUAGCCACAUUCCAAUGUGUGCGAAUCGGCAAAAAAUGCAAAAUAGCCCUUUAACCGUACAUUAUACAGAUACGCGCUCUUUGACUUUUUCGUAGAUCUAAUUGAGAUACACAUGAUUGUCAAUUUUUGUGUCAAUAUGACAAAGCGUUCAGGCGUGACACUCAACAAUGUGUAUUUUUAUGUAAGGGGACAAGAAAAAAUUGACUUUUUUCUCCUACCAUGGGGGGCGCUCUUUUGGGGAGUAAAAAUUCCUUCACAAAUGUGUUGAUGGCUGGACAUUGCAUCAUCCUAGAAAACUUGGAGGCCAGUGAGGACAAAAAUAAAAAGUUAUAAAACAUUUAAGAAUGUGGAUUUUAGUGUUAUUUUUGGCGCCCCCUAGAACCUAAACCAUGGGGUGCAGCAUCAUGAUUUGAAUAACUUUUAAUGGCCAUGGGGUGUAGAUUGGCCUGAGCAAAUGUGGUGCCGGUGGAACGAAAGCCUUCGGAGGAGUUAGCGAAAUUCCAAUGUGUGCGUAUCGGCAAAAAAUGCGGAAUAACCCUUUAACUGUACAUUUGACAGAUACGGCCGCACUGACUUUUUUGUAGAUCUUAUUGAGAUACAUAUGUGUGUCAAUUUUUGUGUCAAUAUGACAAAGCGUACAGGCGUGACAGUCAAUAGUGUGAAUUUCCACCUUAGGGGGCGCUAUGGAGCCAUUUUGCAUUUUAUUGUUUGGGCGACUUCAGAAUAUCGAAUUUUUCACCAGGCCCGGUCGUCCUGCCAAAUUUCAUGAGUUUUCGCCAGUGGGAAGUGGGCCAUUUUCCAGUUCAAAGGGGAGGAAAAAGAAGAAAGAAAGAAAGAAAGAAAGAAAGAAAGAAACAAAGAAAAACCACUUGGGGAAUAAUAGGGCUCUCGCAGCUGCUUAGCAGCUACGCUCGGGCCCUAAAGAAAGAAAGAAACAAAGAAAAACCACUUGGGGAAUAAUAGGGCUCUACGCCCGGCUGCUCUGCAGCUGGCUCGGGCCCUAACUAGGACCCCGUUGGGGCACUGGCGGGCCCGAGCCGUGUCGCGUCCCCCCCCCCCCCAACGUGCUGCCUCCCCGUCCCAUUUGUGUCCUCUGGCCAUCGCCCUCUCUGUUAACGCCCAUCACUGCAAAGACCCUUUUCCUUCAUCGGCGUUUGCUGUUCUUCCUGCCAGUGCGUGUUGCUUUCACUUACACUUGCCACAGCCAGCCUCGUGAGUGCCUAGCCUAUUGGAUAUCACUGUCACCUACACAGGACAGUCAUUACCUUUCUAUUAAUACUUUGUGUUUUAAUUUCACAUUAAUUUCCAUAUUGUAUAAACGACUGGAAAAAACUUGAGCCCCUGCCCCUGUAUAAUCAUGUGCAUGUCUCUGUUCUAGCUCCAAGGUGAAUCUUCACUGCUCAUGUUCUCCUCAGAAGCACUCACCUCACUCCCCUCAGGUUACUGUACACAUGCACCAACUGCCUGCUUCAGGUUUGGAUGGAGCUUCAUGGUUGUCUUUUGGAGAAAUGACCAGUCAAGUUGUGUUUGAAAUUUGAUUUUUUUCAGGGGCAAAAGGAGCCUCUGCGUUCUUGUCAAAUAUGUAAAUAGCAUGUUUUUGCAGGUGCUAAAAACCAGACUCUGAGUGUGUGUGUGUGUGUGUGUGUGUGUGUGUGUGUGUGUGUGUGUGUGUGUGUGUGUGUGUGCGUGUGUGUGUGUCUAUGUGUGCGUUCAAGUCACAUGACAUAUUUAACCGGAUGUAGCUGCAAGACGGAGCCUCGUUGACUCUCCGUUUCAACUUAUCUCAAAAGUGAGGACCUCAACCUAUAUACCAGUUUUUAAAUUGUGUUGAUAGGCCAAAUAAAACCAGAGUUAUGAUAAAUUAUGUCCGCGAUACUUUUUUUCUGCUUAUUUUGAUCACGUUCGGCGCUCGAUCGCGCUGUAUGAGACAGGAAAACAUAGCAUGCAGACAUUAGCGACAGGUCUUACAGGCGGAAAAGGCUUGCCAAAAGAAAAAAAAACACACCACAACAUCUCUCCUAUUGGUGGAAAACUUCACCACAACAACAAAUCCAAAAUUAUAUGGUGACUGAUUGACAAGGGGCGGGCGCUUACGUUCUUCCUGCAACAUGAGAAGGGAGGGAGGGACUCUCAGCAGGGAUGCAGUCUGGGACACGUAGUUGCAAACCUAGCGACUUUGUUGUUAGAUUCAAUGACUUUUCAGACACCCUAACGACUUUUUUUUAGAAAGAAAGUGACUUUUAUCGACUUCUUCUGGAGUUUAGAGACUCUGACAUGAAGCAGGCUUUCCAUACUGAGGAGUUAGCAACGCUGCUAAGGGUGCAGAGCCACACAUGCGCUCAGAGCUCUGCAUGGGAGACUGAAGCUGACAGAGCUGCAGCAGUUAGCAGGUUUCACCCUCAGAGACCACCAGGGGUUCAUGUUGAGGCAUUUUAAUUUUUUUUUUUUUUUUGUGCCAUAGACACUGUCAGCACAAUCUGCAGUUCCACUAACAAAAAUGCUGCAAAAAACAAAGAAUUAUGGAAAAAUUACACAUGGACUGACAUAGAGGAGGAUCUACACAAGUUUUUUACAUCAUGUUUUACAUCAUGCAUCAUUUACAUCAUGUUUUUUUGUAGUGGCAUAAAUAAAAAGUGAGAUUUGUGAGACUAUACAGUGUUUUGUAAAUAAUUUUACAAAGAACGCCUGGGCCAUUGCCUGCAUUUUGAUGUAAAUAGAGGUAAAUUACUAUGUUCUUUGUUAAAAAUUUGCAUAUGUUUUGAAGUUUACAAUUUUUAUUUGAAGUUUAAGUUUUAAAAACAGUUCAUCACACAUAUUUGUGGUUUAAUUUCACAUUAAUUUCCAUAUUGUAUAAAUGACUGGAAAAAACUUGAGCCCCUGCCCCUGUAUAAUCAUGUGCACGUCCCUGUUCUAGCUCCAAGGUGAAUCUUCACUGCUCAUGUUCUCCUCAGAAAUAGUCACCUCACUCCCCUCAGGUUACUGUACACAUGCACCAACUAUCUGCUUCAGGUUUGAAAUGGAGCUUCAUGGUUGUCUUUUGGAGAAAUGAACAGUCAAGUUGUGUUUGAAAUUUGAUUUUUUUCAGGGGCAAAAGGAAGCCUCUGCAUUCUUGUCAAAUAUGUAAACAGCAUGUUUUUGCAGGUGCUAAAAAACAGACUCUGAGUGUGUGUGUGUGUCUGUGUGUGUGUGUGUGUGUGUGUGUGUGUGUGUGUAUGUUGGCGUGUGUGUAUAUGUGUGUGUAUCCUGCAGUACUCUGUACUCCUGCAGUGGCCAAAAAGACUUUUAAGAAUGUGGAUUUUUGGGUCAUCUUUGGCGCCCCCUAGAACUGCAGUACUCUGUACUCCUGCAGUGGCCAAAAUGACUUUUAAGAAUGUGGAUUUUUGGGUCAUCUUUGGCGCCCCCUAGAACGUAAACCGUGGGGUGCAGCGUCAUGAUUUUUACAACUUUGAAUGGGCAUGGGGUGUAGAUAGCCCUGAGCAAAUUUGGUAUCGGUGGGACGAAAGCCUUAGGAGGAGAUAGCCACAUUCCAAUGUGUGCGAAUCGGCAAAAAAUGCAAAAUAGCCCUUUAACCGUACAUUAUACAGAUACGCGCUCUUUGACUUUUUCGUAGAUCUAAUUGAGAUACACAUGAUUGUCAAAUUUUGUGUCAAUAUGACAAAGCGUUCAGGCGUGACACUCAACAAUGUGUAUUUUUAUGUAAGGGGACAAGAAAAAAUUGCCUUUUUUCUCCUACCAUGGGGGGGCGCUCUUUUGGGGAGUAAAAAUUCCUUCACAAAUGUGUUGAUGGCUGGACAUUGCAUCAUCCUAGAAAACUUGGAGGCCAGUGAGGACAGAAAUAAAAAGUUAUAAAACAUUUAAGAAUGUGGAUUUUUGGGUUAUCUUUGGCGCCCCCUAGAACCUAAACCAUGGGGUGCAGCAUCAUGAUUUGAAUAACUUUUAAUGGCCAUGGGGUGUAGAUUGGCCUGAGCAAAUGUGGUGCCGGUGGAACGAAAGCCUUCGGAGGAGUUAGCGAAAUUCCAAUGUGUGUGUAUCGGCAAAAAAUGCGGAAUAACCCUUUAACUGUACAUUUGACAGAUACGCGCGCACUGACUUUUUUGUAGAUCUUAUUGAGUUACAUGUGUGUGUCAAUUUUUGUGUCAUUUUGACAAAGCGUAUAGGCGUGACACUCAACAAUGUGUAUUUUCACCUUAGGGGACAAGAAAAAAUGGACUUUUUUCUCCUGCCAUGGGGGGGCGCUCUUUUGGGGAGUAAAAAUUCCUUCACAAAUGUGUUGAUGGCUGGACAUUGCAUCAUCCUAGAAAACUUGGAGGCCAGUGAGGACAAAAAUAAAAAGUUAUAAGACUUUUAAAUAUGUGGAUUUUAGUGUUAUCUUUGGCGCCCCCUAGAACCUAAACCUUGGGUUGCAGCGUCAUGAUUUUGAUAACUUUUAAUGGCCACGGGGUGUAGAUUGGCCUGAGCAAAUGUGGUGCCGGUGGAACGAAAGCCUUCGGAGGAGUUAGCGAAAUUCCAAUGUGUGCGGAUCGGAAAAAAAUGCGAAAUAACCCUUUAACCGUACAUUUGACAGAUACGCCCGCACUGACUUUUUUGUAGAUCUUAUUGAGAUACAUAUGUGUGUCAAUUUUUGUGUCAAUAUGACAAAGCGUACAGGCGUGACAGUCAAUAGUGUGAAUUUCCACCUUAGGGGGCGCUAUGGAGCCAUUUUGCAUUUUAUUGUUUGGGCGACUUCAGAAUAUCGAAUUUUUCACCAGGCCCGGUCGUCCUGCCAAAUUUCAUGAGUUUUCGCCAGUGGGAAGUGGGCCAUUUUCCAGUUCAAAGGGGAGGAAAAAGAAGAAACUAGGACCCCGUUGGGGCACUGGCGGGCCCGAGCCGCGUCGCGCCGCCCCCAGCGCGACCGCCUCCCCCUCCCGAUCGCGUCACACUCAAGGUCCAAAGAUGGUGUGCGCACUUGUCUGUGGUCAUUUCCCAUUAUAAUGAAUGGGAGGCGCAGUUUCUACCAAAACACUCGCUGCAGACAAACUUCAUGUCCUAUUUGAAAAAAGUCUGGACCAUGAGUGAGGGCACAAACACAGCUAUGAUAUAUCGAAAUGGCGGGUUGCUCCUCCUUACGGUGUUGCCUGGAGAGCGAUGCGAUUGAGCCAUUGAGCGAUGGGCAGGGUUAACUUGACUUUUUCUCCUGCCUUGGGGGGGGGGGGGUGGAUUCCUUUAAGAAUGUGGAUUUUUGGGUCAUCUUUGGCGCCCCCUAGAACGUAAACCGUGGGGUGCAGCGUCAUGAUUUUUACAACUUUGAAUGGCCAUGGGGUGUAGAUUGGCCUGAGCAAAUUUGGUGUCAGUGGGACGAAAGCCUUAGGAGGAGAUAGCCACAUUCCAAUGUGUGCGAAUCGGCAAAAAAUGAAAAAUAGCCCUUUAACUGUACAUUUGACAGAUACGCGCGCAUUGACUUUUUUGUAGAUCUUAUUGAGAUACAUAUGUGUGUCAAUUUUUGUGUCAAUAUGAUAAAGCGUACAGGCGUGACAGUCAAUAGUGUGAAUUUCCACCUUAGGGGACAAGAAAAAAUUGACUUUUUUCUCCUGCCAUGGGGGGCGCUCUUUUGGGGAGUAAAAAUUCCUUCACAAAUGUGUUGAUGGCUGGACAUUGCAUCAUCCUAGAAAACUUGGAGGCCAGUGAGGACAAAAAUAAAAAGUUAUAAGACUUUUAAAUAUGUGGAUUUUAGGGUUAUCUUUGGCGCCCCCUAGAACCUAAACUGUGGGGUGCAGCGUCAUGAUUUGAAUAACUUUUAAUGGCCACGGGGUGUAGAUUGGCCUGAGCAAAUGUGGUGCCGGUGGAACGAAAGCCUUCGGAGGAGUUAGCGAAAUUCCAAUGUGUGCGGAUCGGCAAAAAAUGCGAAAUAACCCUUUAACCGUACAUUUGACAGAUACGCCCGCACUGACUUUUUUGUAGAUCUUAUUGAGAUACAUGUGUGUGUCAAUUUUUGUGUCAUUUUGACAAAGCGUACACGCGUGACAGUCAAUAGUGUGAAUUUUCACCUUAGGGGGCGCUAUGGAGCCAUUUUGCAUUUUAUUGUUUGGGCGACUUCGGAAUAUCAAAUUUUUCACCAGGCCCGGUCGUCCUGCCAAAUUUCAUGAGUUUUCGCCAGUGGGAAGUGGGCCAUUUUCCAGUUCAAAGGGGAGGAAAAAUAAUAAUAAUAACAAAAGAAGGAAACUACAGGAACAAGAGGGCUCUCGCAGCUGCUUAGCAGCUACGCUCGGGCCCUAACUAGGGCCCCGUUGGGGCACUGGCGGGCCCGAGCCGUGUCGCGCUCCCCCCCCCAACGCGCUGCCUCCCCGUCCCAUUCGCGUCCUCUGGCCAUCGCCCUCUCUGGUAACGCCCAUCACUGCAAAGACCCUUUUCCUUCAUCUGCGUUUGCUGUUCUUCCUGCCAGUGUGUGUUGCUUUCACUUACACUUGCCACAGCCAGCCUUAGGAGGAGUUAGCCACAUUUCAAUGUGUGCGGAUCAGCAAAAAAUGCGGAAUAACCCUUUAACCGUACAUUUGACAGAUACGUGCGCGUUGACUUUUUCGUAGAUCUUAUUGAGAUACAUGUGUGUGUCAAUUUUUGUGUCAUUUUGCCAAAGCGUACAGGCGUGACACUCAACAAUGUGUAUUUUCACCUUAGGGGACAAGAAAAAAUGGACUUUUUUCUCCUGCCAUGGGGGGGCGCUCUUUUGGGGAGUAAAAAUUCCUUCACAAAUUUGUUGAUGGCUGGACAUUGCAUCAUCCUAGAAAACUUGGAGGCCAGUGAGGACAAAAAUAAAAAGUUAUAAGACUUUUAAAUAUGUGGAUUUUAGGGUUAUUUUUGGCGCCCCCUAGAACCUAAACCGUGGGGUGCAGCGUCAUGAUUUGAAUAACUUUUAAUGGCCAUGGGGUGUUGAUUGGCCUGAGCAAAUGUGGUGCCGGUGGAACCAAAGCCUUCGGAGGAGUUAGCGAAAUUCCAAUGUGUGCGUAUCGGCAAAAAAUGCGGAAUAACCCUUUAACCGUACAUUUGACAGAUACGCGCUCAUAGACUUUUUUGUAGAUCUUAUUGAGAUACAUGUGUGUGUCAAUUUUUGUGUCAUUUUGCCAAAGCGUACAGGCGUGACACUCAACAAUGUGUAUAUUCACCUUAGGGGACAAGAAAAAAUUGACUUUUUUCUCCUGCCAUGGGGGGGCGCUCUUUUGGGGAGUAAAAAUUCCUUCACAAAUGUGUUGAUGGCUGGACAUUGCAUCAUCCUAGAAAACUUGGAGGCCAGUGAGGACAAAAAUAAAAAGUUAUAAGACUUUUAAAUAUGUGGAUUUUAGUGUUAUCUUUGGCGCCCCCUAGAACCUAAACCGUGGGGUGCAGCGUCAUGAUUUGAAUAACUUUUAAUGGCCAUGGGGUGUAGAUUGGCCUGAGCAAAUGUGGUGCCGGUGGAACGAAAGCCUUCGGAGGAGUUAGCGAAAUUCCAAUGUGUGCGGAUCGGCAAAAAAUGCGAAAUAACCCUUUAACCGUAAUUUUGACAGAUACGGCUGCACUGACUUUUUUGUAGAUCUUAUUGAGAUACAUAUGUGUGUCAAUCUUUGUGUCAAUAUGACAAAGCGUACAGGCGUGACAGUCAAUAGUGUGAAUUUCCACCUUAGGGGGCGCUAUGGAGCCAUUUUGCAUUUUAUUGUUUGGGCGACUUCAGAAUAUCGAAUUUUUCAGCAGGCCCGGUCGUCCUGCCAAAUUUCAUGAGUUUUCGCCAGUGGGAAGUGGGCCAUUUUCCAGUUCAAAGGGGAGGAAAAAGAAGAAAGAAAGAAAGAACUAGGACCCCGUUGGGGCACUGGCGGGCCCGAGCCGUGUCGCGUCCCCCCCCCCCAACGUGCUGCCUCCCCGUCCCAUUUGUGUCCUCUGGCCAUCGCCCUCUCUGGUAACGCCCAUCACUGCAAAGACCCUUUUCCUUCAUCGGCGUUUGCUGUUCUUCCUGCCAGUGCGUGUUGCUUUCACUUACACUUGCCACAGCCAGCCUCGUGAGUGCCUAGCCUAUUGGAUAUCACUGUCACCUACACAGGACAGUCAUUACCUUUCUAUUAAUACUUUGUGUUUUAAUUUCACAUUAAUUUCCAUAUUGUAUAAACGACUGGAAAAAACUUGAGCCCCUGCCCCUGUAUAAUCAUGUGCAUGUCUCUGUUCUAGCUCCAAGGUGAAUCUUCACUGCUCAUGUUCUCCUCAGAAGCACUCACCUCACUCCCCUCAGGUUACUGUACACAUGCACCAACUGCCUGCUUCAGGUUUGGAUGGAGCUUCAUGGUUGUCUUUUGGAGAAAUGACCAGUCAAGUUGUGUUUGAAAUUUGAUUUUUUUCAGGGGCAAAAGGAGCCUCUGCAUUCUUGUCAAAUAUGUAAAUAGCAUGUUUUUGCAGGUGCUAAAAACCAGACUCUGAGUGUGUGUGUGUGUGUGUGUGUGUGUGUGUGUGUGUGUGUGUGUGUGUGCGUGUGUGUGUGUCUAUGUGUGCGUUCAAGUCACAUGACAUAUUUAACCUGAUGUAGCUGCAAGACGGAGCCUCGUUGACUCUCCGUUUCAACUUAUCUCAAAAGUGAGGACCUCAACCUAUAUACCAGUUUUUAAAUUGUGUUGAUAGGCCAAAUAAAACCAGAGUUAUGAUAAAUUAUGUCCGCGAUACUUUUUUUCUGCUUAUUUUGAUCACGUUCGGCGCUCGAUCGCGCUGUAUGAGACAGGAAAACAUAGCAUGCAGACAUUAGCGACAGCUCUUACAGGCGGAAAAGGCUUGCCAAAAGAAAAAAAAAACACACCACAACAUCUCUCCUAUUGGUGGAAAACUUCACCACAACAACCAAUCCAAAAUUAUAUGGUGACUGAUUGACAAGGGGCGGGCGCUUACGUUCUUCCUGCAACAUGAGAAGGGAGGGAGGGACUCUCAGCAGGGAUGCAGUCUGGGACACGUAGUUGCAAACCUAGCAACUUUGUUGUUAGAUUCAAUGACUUUUCAGACACCCUAACGACUUUUUUUUAGAAAGAAAGGGACUUUUAUUGACUUCUUCUGGAGUUUAGAGACUCUGACAUGAAGCAGGCUUUCCUUACUGAGGAGUUAGCAACGCUGCUAAGGGUGCAGAGCCACACAUGCGCUCAGAGCUCUGCAUGGGAGACUGAAGCUGACAGAGCUGCAGCAGUUAGCAGGUUUCACCCUCAGAGACCACCAGGGGUUCAUGUUGAGGCAUUUUAAUUUUUUUUUUUUUUUUGUGCCAUAGACACUGUCAGCAAAAUCUGCAGUUACACUAACAAAAAUGCUGCAAAAAACAAAGAAUUAUGGAAAAAUUACACAUGGACUGACAUAGAGGAGGAUCUACACAAGUUUUUUACAUCAUGUUUUACAUCAUGCAUCAUUUACAUCAUGUUUUUUUGUAGUGGCAUAAAUAAAAAGUGACAUUUGUGAGACUAUACAGUGUUUUGUAAAUAAUUUUACAAAGAACGCCUGGGCCAUUGCCUGCAUUUUGAUGUAAAUAGAGGUAAAUUACUAUGUUCUUUGUUAAAAAUUUGCAUAUGUUUUGAAGUUUACAAUUUUUAUUUGAAGUUUAAGUUUUAAAAACAGUUCAUCACACAUAUUUGUGGUUUAAUUUCACAUUAAUUUCCAUAUUGUAUAAAUGACUGGAAAAAACUUGAGCCCCUGCCCCUGUAUAAUCAUGUGCACGUCCCUGUUCUAGCUCCAAGGUGAAUCUUCACUGCUCAUGUUCUCCUCAGAAAUAGUCACCUCACUCCCCUCAGGUUACUGUACACAUGCACCAACUAUCUGCUUCAGGUUUGAAAUGGAGCUUCAUGGUUGUCUUUUGGAGAAAUGAACAGUCAAGUUGUGUUUGAAAUUUGAUUUUUUUCAGGGGCAAAAGGAAGCCUCUGCAUUCUUGUCAAAUAUGUAAACAGCAUGUUUUUGCAGGUGCUAAAAAACAGACUCUGAGUGUGUGUGUGUGUGUGUGGGUGUGUGUGUGUGUGUGUGUGUGUGUGUGUGUGUGUAUGUUGGCGUGUGUGUAUAUGUGUGUGUAUCCUGCAGUACUCUGUACUCCUGCAGUGGCCAAAAAGACUUUUAAGAAUGUGGAUUUUUGGGUCAUCUUUGGCGCCCCCUAGAACUGCAGUACUCUGUACUCCUGCAGUGGCCAAAAUGACUUUUAAGAAUGUGGAUUUUUGGGUCAACUUUGGCGCCCCCUAGAACGUAAACCGUGGGGUGCAGCGUCAUGAUUUUUACAACUUUGAAUGGGCAUGGGGUGUAGAUUGCCCUGAGCAAAUUUGGUAUCGGUGGGACGAAAAGCCUUAGGAGGAGAUAGCCACAUUCCAAUGUGUGCGAAUCGGCAAAAAAUGCAAAAUAGCCCUUUAACCGUACAUUAUACAGAUACGCGCUCUUUGACUUUUUCGUAGAUCUAAUUGAGAUACACAUGAUUGUCAAUUUUUGUGUCAAUAUGACAAAGCGUUCAGGCGUGACACUCAACAAUGUGUAUUUUUAUGUAAGGGGACAAGAAAAAAUUGACUUUUUUCUCCUACCAUGGGGGGGCGCUCUUUUGGGGAGUAAAAAUUCCUUCACAAAUGUGUUGAUGGCUGGACAUUGCAUCAUCCUAGAAAACUUGGAGGCCAGUGAGGACAAAAAUAAAAAGUUAUAAAACAUUUAAGAAUGUGGAUUUUAGUGUUAUUUUUGGCGCCCCCUAGAACCUAAACCAUGGGGUGCAGCAUCAUGAUUUGAAUAACUUUUAAUGGCCAUGGGGUGUAGAUUGGCCUGAGCAAAUGUGGUGCCGGUGGAACGAAAGCCUUCGGAGGAGUUAGCGAAAUUCCAAUGUGUGCGUAUCGGCAAAAAAUGCGGAAUAACCCUUUAACUGUACAUUUGACAGAUACGGCCGCACUGACUUUUUUGUAGAUCUUAUUGAGAUACAUAUGUGUGUCAAUUUUUGUGUCAAUAUGACAAAGCGUACAGGCGUGACAGUCAAUAGUGUGAAUUUCCACCUUAGGGGGCGCUAUGGAGCCAUUUUGCAUUUUAUUGUUUGGGCGACUUCAGAAUAUCGAAUUUUUCACCAGGCCCGGUCGUCCUGCCAAAUUUCAUGAGUUUUCGCCAGUGGGAAGUGGGCCAUUUUCCAGUUCAAAGGGGAGGAAAAAGAAGAAAGAAAGAAAGAAAGAAAGAAAGAAAGAAACAAAGAAAAACCACUUGGGGAAUAAUAGGGCUCUCGCAGCUGCUUAGCAGCUACGCUCGGGCCCUAAAGAAACAAAGAAAAACCACUUGAGGAACAACAGGGCCUACGCCCGGCUGCUCUGCAGCUGGCUCGGGCCCUAAGAAAGAAAGAAAGAAAGAAAGAAACAAAGAAAAACCACUUGGGGAAUAAUAGGGCCUACGCCCGGCUGCUCUGCAGCUGGCUCGGGCCCUAAUAAAACCAGUUUUACCUUGCUCCGCCCAACAGCUGUGAACAGAACCAACUAGGGCAGGGAAUAGAGUUAGAUUUUCCAGAUCGAUUCAAUUUGAUUUUACAAGGUCCCGGUUCAAUUCAAUUCACAAUUCGAUCUGAUUUGAUUCAAUAUCGAUUCAGUCAGGGAUAUCAGUAAAAAUAAUGCUGUAAAUUUAACAAGUAACCUUUAACAAGAUUACCAACCUGGUAAACUAUUAAAAAUUAUGUUUACAUUAAACCCAAACCAGUUACAUUAGUUGUGUACUAUUAUUCAAACAUGACCACCUGACAACACAAAAACAUAAAUUAAUCAAAAUUAAAUUAAAAUAAAUGACAAGGCAGACAAAUGCAGUAGCUACAAACAUAAUACAAACAGGUCUUCCAGCUUUUCUGCAAUAAUACCACAGUGGUUGUGAGACACAACUGUAUCAGAACACAAACAACUAUCUUUUGACUCAUAGAUAAAUGUAACAGUAUUGGGAAAAAAAAAAAGCGAUUGGAUAGGACACUGGUACCCAGUGCACACCAGUACCUGCUCCAAGCUGGUGUGUUUGAGUGGUGCUCACUAUGUUUCUGGGUGAUGUCUCUUCAAAUGAUUGCCGAGAUUCGUCGUAUUGCCACUGUACUUUACCAUUGAAUAUUUAGCAUAAUAAUUUUAUUUUUUUGAAACUCGUCAUUUUCUUCCAACUUGUUAUAUCUGGAAUACAUCCGAACAUCAGCUUUUAAACUCGUUGAUGGUGCCUUGAGAGGUGGACUCACUUCCGCCAUGUUUGCUUGCCUGCUGGCAGUAACACCUCAUGAGAUCUUGUUCCAUGAAAAGUGGCAGAAAGCAAAGCUAAACGCUGAUCACGCAAGACUAGCAGGGUUGAAACUUCAGGCUGCUUCUCCACACCGCACGUCCAAUGAAGAAAAAACGACUUAAGUUUAAAGAUCAGUCUGGAUUUUAUGAAUCGAUUAAAAUUGAUUGAAUUGAUUUUUUAAACCCAUCCCUAGAGCCAACUAAUGAUUUGUUGGGAGUAGUUGCGGCCAUGCACAGAUUAAACUGAGAAAUUGGCCAGGUAACCCCUCAUAGUGAUUGAUGUUGAGCUAAGACAACUUCUGCUGGGAGUACAGGGGCCUUAUGUAUCAACGCUUGCGGCGCAGGAAAACCUUGCGUACGCCAAAAUCGGCGCACACGUCCAGAUUUAUCAUCGCGAAACGAGCGUCGGUUCCAGCGCUAAUCAACGCAAAGUCAGGAGGUGGUGUAGAAAUUGGCGUUGAGCUGAUACUUGCGUUGACUGUGAUUCGCACUUUGGCGACGCUGUGUGGCGGUGUUUGGUGUCUCACUAUGUGACAAGCGUGCACCACAUCCCCGUGGCUGAGCAGCACGUCGCCCCACAUGACGAACCAGCAGCAGACGGAGGGAUGCGAGCUGAUCCCUGCCGGGCCGCCAUCCUCGCGCGGGAGAAUCUCAUCGCCACAGUGUGAAUGGGUAAGAAGUGAAUACACAGUUCAAUGAGCCAAAUUAAUUUAUUUUCUCCACCAGACGCUCGAGGACAUUUACGAGCCAGUUCAGCCGCUCGUUGAUCCCCGCGAUCCCCCUGAUGAUUUCUUCCUGCGAUUGCAGGACCCCCUCCGCGAGGACCCUUCCACUGUGUCCGGGUGGUCCAGGGGAAGCGCCGCGGCUGGUGGAUGCUCCGCCGCUUGUCGGCGCGCUGGUGCUGAUGCUGGUGCUGGUGCUGGGGCCGGGGUGGCCCGAAUGCCGCUGGUCCUGGCCGACGACUCCGAGCCGGCGGACAGGCUGCCGCGGGCCGGGGUUCCGCAAGCCGGCGACACGGCCGACGCAUUGAUUUCUGUGACACAAUAGAAAUAUUUGUUCAUUUCAAUUCCUGCUUCUGUGUAUCUGUUGCGUUUACAUCUCUCUCCACGGUAUCAUAGGUAAUGUAAUCCAGUAUUUCGAGGUCAGUUAUGCACAUUACAGUUGUUUAUUGCAUAAAAGUUAUCGAAAAAUGAAGUUAAGGGCGAAGUAUAAAUCACGUCUAAAAAUAGACUGAAUCCCGACGUUGAAAUGAAGUAUAAACUUAGACUAGACGUCUAAUAUACGUCUUUUGCUCAGUGGGAUGACAAAGCAUGUGGACAUUUGUGUGACACGCCACUUACCCUAUAGUAAUAAUCGCCACCACCCGCUGCUCAAACGGCGUGAGGGUCUCCUCCCCCAGACCCCCACCUGUCUGGCCGUUACUCCUCCGGAGGGCAGCUGUACGCCGCUUGACCUCCACCUUGAGGUCCGACCACUUUUUUGUAAUCUUCGCGGGGGUGCGUGUCUCGGAACCCACCGCAUUCACCCUCUCGCAAACUUUCUCCCACUCCAAGCGUUUUUGUUUUGCACUGACGCCACUGGACAGGCUGCCAAACAAAACACGCUGUCGCUCCACCAGCACCUCCACCUCGCACGCCGUAAAUUUAGUUUUUCUUGUCAUUUUGUCUGCGUGCGAGGACAGGGAGACCCUAUUUAAAUAAAUCUUCAUAUUUAUAGGAGGGCGUAACGGGGACGGGCCCAGUCACUCCGACAUCUGCGCUCAAUUCCACGCUGAUUGGGAUUUAUCAAGGAAACACACAUGGAUUUCGGCGCCCGCACACAUUGAUACAUACGGAUUUUUUUCAGCGUGACGGACCUUGCGUGCGCUAGUUUCUGGUAUGAGUUCCACGCAAGUAUUGAUACAUAAGGCCCCAGGUGUGGUAGGAGGCUGACAUUGCCUGUCCCCUCACCCCUCUGAUGCUGACUGCUACACCAAUGCUCAUAAUUUCCAGUUUACUUCUGGACAAUAAUUAUAUCGACUAUUGUUAAAACCAAUGAAGUAACAUUUUUAUGGGUUGUCGUAUUAGCAUGUGUGGAACCACCUGUACCAGCAGUUUCCCAGAUUGCUGGUUUUCCUUUUGGACUUUUGUAACCCCUGUUUGCCUGAUGAGGUUACAGGUACUAAUAUCAGGUUUCAGUUUCAGUUCACAGUUUGGACCAGUUAUCAGGAUUCUAGGGAAACGCUCAUGGAGCCCAGGACGGAACACCAACAUUGACCACACUCACACAAAAUAAGAUGAUCAAAAUCAUCCCCCUUUUAAAAACGGUCAUCCCAACUUUUCAUCCAUUGAGCCAUUUUUGUCAAUGGAUGUGGAAAUAUUACAACUAUUUCAACAUCAGAAAUAUUACGUCAAUUUACGGCAACACACACGCACCUACGUACUCGCCAAACAAUUCCCUCCCCGCCAGUGUCACUAAUUACCCACUAGUUAAACAAUAAAAUCCACCAUUCCUCCGAUUUUUUUUUCACAACUCGACUACUGCUUAUAGGUCUCACUGUACCAGAGUAAAUCAAACACAAACACUCAAAUAAUUCAAAUUAAGCCUUCAAGCAUCAACUUCUCUGGUUAAAGGUGGGGUACGCAGGAAUCCGUCAAAGAAGCAUCUUUUUUUGGUGUAUAUACAAAAAAGCUUUUAAUAUCAGUCAAUAGCUAUUACUCAUUGAUGACAUUUGGUCAUAUAACGAUAUGUCUGUGUAGUCAACAUUUUUAAAUUUCAGAGCGCACCACUCUUCCUGACUGUAAACAAAGCCAUUCUCCGCCUCCCCCACCCUGAUUGGUUGUGAGGUGGAUGCUGCUCCUUAGUGCUGAUUGGUUGUGAGGCAGACGCUGCUCCCCUGUGUCGUUCAGGAGCCCAAAGUUAACGUGCUACAAUAUCAGACAGUAGAAACCAAUCAGAAAGUACAGAAAUUUGUCUGAAUCCUCCUUUGGCUACGACCACCAACACAAGCAAGAAAACAAACUAUGUACUGGCGACUCUGGCGGAAUAAUGAGCGCUUUAAAAGGAGGUAGACCACCCAGUCAAGAGCUAAGAAGCCGGGUCAACAUCAAUGAUGGGGGAUGCUUCGGGAUCUUUCAGACCCUGUAACCUUUCUGCUGGACAGGGAAACUGCUUUAACAAAGUAAGUAGGGCUGCACCUGACGAUAUAAAUGCGUUUGUUUCCCUUUCACUGAAGUGUUCAUUUAACAAUAAACACUGUUUAAAUAUAGUUUACAGCUUAAACCGACCUGAAUCAUCUGAAAUUGUAAAGUAAAAAAAGUAUCAAUCCAGUGUUUGUGAGGCUCAGCAGAUACACAGGACAAUCUUUAGUUGUGGACAAAUAUAGUGAUCUGAUUCAUGAAUGAAGUGGACCAUCAAACUACGGGAGAUUCCCGGGAGAAAUGACAAUACGGGAGGUGGGCGGGAGAUCGGUCUGCGCUCGCAUGCGCCGAGUAUUAGCAUUAGCGAGCUAUCCGGUGAUCACACAGCUGAUUAAUUAGCAAGUUACCGGAAAAAUAAAAGCACAAAACUGAUGCUUCAACUUCGAGCUAACUGCUUAAAGUGAAUGGAUUAAAUAUGGGAUGCAGGGCGUAUGAUGAGGCAUUCACUGUGGUGUUUGCUGCACCAGCGGGGGGUUAUUUGAUUGACAGGUCACUGCAUGUCUCUUUGAAUGAAAGCAGCUUGAUCUUCAAAAAUGUGAACGAGGAAGUCAGGAAGAACACAGGAGGAGCUAUUCAUAGAUCAUGAUAAAGUAGGUUUUAAAUUGACCCCAUUAGGUUGAACUCGUUCCCACCCAUGCCUCCACCGUUACCUGAAGUAGCCAUUGUCUACAUCAUCAUGCGAUGCGUUGACGUUUGUUUUUUCAUUGACAAAUUUUUUUAGUCGACUACGUCGGCGAGCCAUGCGCUUGUGAGGCAGUUGUUUAGUUUCCCCAAUGUACAGGUCUGAGCAUUCCUCGCUGCACUGGACAGCAUACACCACAUUACUACGUUAAUGUCACGGUGUUUUGUCCUUGGGAUGGACGAGCUUCUGCCUUAGUGUGUUACCAGGCUUGAAAUGAACAGGAAUAUGGUGUUUGCCAAAGAUCCUCUUGAGUUUUUCCGACAGGCCUGCAACGUAAGGCUUCACAAGCGCAUGGCUCAACACAAGAGAGCCACUUCCUCAGGUCAGGACUCAGCUGUCCACCUUCACUUAAAGGACACGGGUCACUCUUUCGAGGACAGCAAUGUACAGGUGUUGGCUCGAGAAGACAGAUGGUUUGAAAGAGGAGUUAAAGAAGCCAUCUUUACCAGGCUGGAGAAACCUUCUCUGAACAGAGGGGGUGGACUCAGGCACAACCUCUCAGGCACUUACAAUGCAGUUCUCAGCUCUCCCCCCAGGAAGCUCCACAAACAUUCACACCUGGGACCACAUGACCCAGGUGGCAUGAGUCAUGUGGUCACAUCGCAGGGGUUGUUAACGACCCUUUCAGGUUAACGACUUUUCAAGGGGAACAUCUGGAGAUGGGUUUCUAUGACCCAUUCUUUCCAACUCCUCCCAGUCGUUGUCUGUCCCCUUCUCCAGUAAGAUAAAUAUCUGCUCCUCACACUAGCAAAAUUUAGAACUGAAAAAAGCUUCUUGGAUGAGAGGCGAAACGUCUUCUCAACUCUACACAGUCCAGUUGCCUGUUUUUAAGUCUUCAAGAAAGCUGCAAGAAUGCUGACAAGGGCCAGAGGGCGGGAGCAUAACACCAGUUUUAGCAUUGCUGCAUUGGCUCCCCGUCCGUUUCAGGAUUAAUUUUAAGGUUCUUUUAUUAGUUUUUAGAUAUAUUAAUGGUCUUGGCCCCUCCUAUUUAACUGACUUACUUUUGCCAUGUCAACCCUGAGGUCUUCCGGCACAGGCCUUUUAACCUUACCCAAAGUGAAAACAAAAACGCACGGGGAGGUGGCUUUCAAUUAUUAUAGUCCCCAAUUGUGGAACAGCCUGCCAGAGAGCCUCAGGGUCGCAGAGACUGUUGAUAUUUUUAGGAAGAGGCUCAAGACCUUUCUGUAUGAAAAGUGCCAUACAAAUAAAGUUGAAUUUGAAUUUAUAUUGUUUACCUCAGGUCCUGGAGUAUGUCACUUCAUCCUAGUUGUAGAAGUCCAGCAAACAUUGUGUUUGCUGGUAGUCUGUUGGCAUCUACAGUAGAACCGAUGCUUUUCACUUUCACGUUGACUGGGCCCCAUUUGUAAUUAUCUAUAGCAUUUAUCUGAAUUAUGUCUGAAUUUAAUUGAAACGAUACGAGCGAGCAGGAGCAUCUGUUUGUGGGUGGGGCUUGCUGGAGCAGAGAGGGAGGGGAGAGGAGGAGCUGAGGGGAAAACUGGUUGAGAGGGGUAGAGUUUACCUUCAAGAUUUCUCCCCAAAACUGGCACUUCCUCAUAUCCUGCCUGCCCCACCUUUAAUUCAUGAAAUUAAGUGAAUUUCUCCUUUUCACACACAAAAGACACACGCAUCGGCGACGCCAUGAUGCACUGCUCUCUCUCUCUCUCUCUCUCUCUCUCUCUCUAUGGUGCAGUUAACCCUAGAAAUGUCAGCCAUUCCUCUCAUACAAUCAUAGACUAAAUAACAGACUUUCUUCACAUCUUAUGAAGCCUGGGCUACACUCUGUUUGUUGUUGUGUUGCAUCUAUGCGACAACUUGGUUCCGCCUUCCGCCAGUAUAUGGAUUUGAAGCCCAAAAGCUCUCGGUAAUUCCGCGUUUUGUCUCCUCUUCCUGAAACCAACAUUGCGCAGUACUGUUGUACGCACUCCACCACUUGCGCAGUAGCAUUGUACGCAUUUGGCGGGAGAGUCGCAGAGAGUGUGUAAAUGGUAUCGAGGGACCCCUUUAUAUGUAAAAUGAUUUAAAUUUUAGCAUGCUCUAAUUGUAAUUACAAAUGUAAUUACGUUUUUUUUAGUUAGGAAUUGGGAUCGAUUUUUUUAGCCACGGCCUGCUAGUUGGACGUCGUCAGCUGUAGAGGCCUGCCAGAAUUUAUCGUGUGACUGAGUUUUGAAUCACAGAUAAAUCAUCAUCAUCAAUCAUAUGUUGAGAUGGUUACUUACGGGCUUUAUUUUAGAUUUCAGCCUUUAUCAGUACCCAAUGUUAUGUGCAAUUUAUUCUUUUUAGACAAACACAAGUGCUAUGUAAUUAGAUUUCUGCUUAUGUAUACCAUGGGAUGAUAGGGUAAAGGGACCGCUACUUUUUAAAUCCUGUCAGCAUUGAAGGCAUAUGUUUAACAAGACCAAAACAUUGCACAAUUGUUUAAACAGCUUGUAACACCUGUUACUUACCACUUUAUUGUAUUUCUCUCAUUAAAAAGUAACACCUGUUACCAAACUUGUCUUAUUUCACUUUUAUUUGUCAUCCAGCCACUAAAUAUACAUAAGUGACUUUGACGUGUACACAGUAAUCCAAUAAGACUUGCAAAUGUUGACUUUUUACGGUUAAUUUUAAGAUUUACCUCUUAAAUGCGCGCUCACUGCAGUCUGUGCCAUUGAAGAGCAUGGACAGUGCAGGCUGCGGUUGGAACUAUUGAGAGGUACAUGAAGCACGUGAUCGCUCCGGCGGCGAGAUCUGAAGUUGUCGCCACUCUGUUUAAUCCACUGCUCUGGGAUGAGCUACACAAUCUUUGUAUGCCAUAGGCUGUAUCAAGUGUCAAUCAUAAAAAAUAUGAACCCCUUAAUCACAUUUAAAAACAGAGCUGCACAGAAAAUAGAGGACGUGAGCACAAACCAGUCGUACAGUAACUACAUGUCAACAUCGCAAGCAGGGGGGAAAAAAAUGUAUAUUCUGUGUCCACAGCUCCUUAAGCUUUACUGAGGGAUGCAGGAUUUAUGACCUAUACUGCAGCCUGUCACCAGAGGGUGCUGUUCUUGGAGUGGCUUCACCCAGCAGAAAAGCAGACGGCGUCCAUUCUUUAUACAGUCUAUGAGUUGAACUCAGUUAAAGCUCAUUGUGCACUUUUCAACCAAAAAAACUGCAGUAAGUGUAAAUAUCUUUGGGAUUAAUUUUUAGUUCUGUAAAUACUUCUGUUAUUCUUGAUUCAUCACCAUUUAAACUUAACACUAUCUCUGCCUCUUAGUUACUUACAUCAGCUUUAGCAGCCAUACCAAAUUUUCUGAUCCUAGCCCAUACCAGGGCCACUUGUUAGAAUAUUGAUAGCACAUUAGUAACAGCUAAUAAGCCUCAAAUACACGCUUCACUUGUAUCUUUAUAAGUUUAUAAGGAUGUAUCAUUGCUCAUUAGGAAUCAUUUAAAGUCUUUAACAAGAAACUCUACAGCCUAUGUACCUGUCAUAAAGUGAUAAGGAAUAGAGUUUUAAUAGACACUUUUCAGAAGUGCCCUGUUCUGAAAACAAAAGCAUAACCCUGUGUAUUUUUUUUUUUUUUUUUUUUACCUCCACCAAGGAGGUUAUGAGGAGGUUAUGUUUUCGGUAGCGUUGGUUUGUUUGUUUGUCUGUUAGCAACUUUACGGAGAAAGUAACAGACAGAUUGACCUGAAAUUUUCACCAGAGGUGCGUCUCAGCCCCAGGAGUAUCCCAUUACAUUUUGGUGGUGAUCCGGACAAAAUUCUGGAUAUUGUGAUCCAGAACACACAAAAAUAAGGGUGUUGUUUGAAUUUUCAAUGCUGAAAGAUAACUACUGGGCGGCACAGUGAUGUAGAUGGGCGGCACAGUGGUGUAGUGGUUAGCACUGUCACCUCACAACCAGAAGGUCCUGGUUUCGAAUCCUGGUUAGGGCAUUUCUUAUUUUAGGAACAUUAUGAACAGUGAACAUACCACUUUAAACACAAAUAAAUGUUAAUAAAAGACACGUAACAGUAAAAGUUUUGGUGUGAAUCUCAAUAUAAGGGGGGACAUGAGCUGCUUGGCGGAGGUCUGCGCUCUCCAAGUGCUUUUCUAGUUUUUUUUUUUUUUUUUUAUUAAUUCAUAAAACAUCCAUCUAAAACAUGUCACUGGAUUACAAAACCAUGUAUGUAACAUUUUUAUCUGCAUGGAAUAAUAGGUUUAUGGAUGACUUACAUUUUUUGUUUAUAACCACAUUUUUCUCCUUUUUUUUCCUCCUGCCAAUUUCAGAUGGAAAAAAUCCAAAAGUCCUUUGUAACAAAAUUCUUUAACCCAGUAUUUUUCUAUCUAUAUGUAUUUCAAUACACUUAAAUACAGCAUUUUAAUGUCAUUAUUAUUAAAUAGUUGUAUUUUGUUUGAUGCAAAUUUUAAAACUACAUCGACAUCAACGUGAUAUUGGCAUUUUAUAUUUACCAUCAGCUGACCUGAGGCCUGUACUACAAAGCUGGACUUGUAUCAGUCUUGUUAACUGUAAUUACUUUAGAAUACGUACAAAAAUUCCCUCUUUGUACAGCGUGUGCAGUGGGAGCUCUGAGCCAGUGGGACUGUAAAUACUCUAUUUGCAGGGACAAGUAGUAUAACAAGUUACUUUUUAAAUAAUCCAAUAACACCAAUUCUGUUACAACAGUUUUAAAGGAUUUUUUCUUAGCUACUUUUUUCACAUGGCUAACAACCACACCAAGUAAAUCCUGAAAGCAGCAGACAAUUUUUUUCUGGUGCUUACAUACUUGAAUUCAGUGGUUACUGAAAAAUAUUUUCAAUUGAAAGCAAAGUUCAUGAUUUAAUAAAUCUGGCUCAGUUUGUAUAAAUCUGAAAAGCGCUCUGAGGCUGUCAUGCUGCACAUGCUUCCUGCAUAAAGCUCUAGUAUGGAUACAGACCUGGGGCCUCAUUUACAAACGCUACAUAUGCAAAAAAGAAAGCGUACACCACUUAUAACCAAUGUUGGAGAUUUAUAAAAAACGAACUUGAUGAGUAAAAUGAGCGCACCUCCACGGCAACUCUGACCCUGCCAUAUGCACAAAAUCUAGAGAGAAGGGAAACUGCGACCCCACCAGUAGAAGGGUGAAAUUAAAGACAGCUAUGUAAAAUAAGUACAUUUGUGUGAAACAACCGAACACAAAUCAUAGGCUAUAUGAAGGAUAUAUUUGCAAAAACAAAGAAAGAGGGAAAAUGUAUAUACCUAUGACGAUGUGAAGCUGAAAUGCCAAAGGAUUAAGUAUCUCCUUUUUUAGGAAACCUAUAACUACUGAAGUCCAAUCAAUCUAAAUGCUCCAAAGCCCUAAUUUUAACAACUCUCUUCUAAAACAAAAAGUUGGAAUAUUACGACUUUAUUCUCGUAAGUAAUGACUUUAUUUUCAGUAAUAAUAACUUUAUUCUCAUAAGCAAUGACUUUAUUAUCGGUAAUAAUGUCUCUCUCUGCUCAUUGACACAAAUACAAAGUUUUUCUGAGAGAAGAAGGAAGGACUCCUGUUUAUAACUUGCAAGUAAUGUCCAAACUAUUUACUGGAGAAAGACCAAAAAAAUAUCAAAGCAUUGAGGAAGUCCUUAUGAUGACCAUUUGUAUAAAUAAAUACUUGAAAAGGGACCAUUUGUUGUGGGUGUGCUCAUCAAUUAUUACUUAUCACAAUGCUACUCGUAUUAAUUAUUUGAAAUCUGAAGAAUCUUAUAAAGUACACAUCCCAGCACCACCUCACUGUGGCCCUUUCAAAGUUUCCCAGAGGGAAUUUUCUAGUUUAUACGAUCAUCAAAAAGAAGUCCCAAACAUACACAUCACUGAACAGCCAUUUAAUGAAAAUGUAUGCAAAGUUUUAGUAAAAUGCUCACACAUUUGAAAGAAACUUUAGUUUGAGAUGUGAGUAUGAACUUUUAACCUUCUCUGAGGGAUCAUAAUGGACCUCCCACACAUGAAAAAUUUGAAUAUUUGGAUCCCAGGAUGAUUGCAUCAAACAAAUGUGGAGUAUAUGAACUUCAUGCACUGGUAUCUGACUCACUGCAUUAAUAGUUUCCAUGUGUGACAUUUGACUUGGUAAGUUCAUAAUUUUUGUUAUUCUGCUUAUAAAAGGUGAUAUUUUGAUCAAAUGCAGCUUAUCCCAUUAAAUAUAAUUUUAAUUGCAAAAAUACACAAUUUUUCAUUUUUUAACUUUUAUCUCUUUUUAAGUUUGAACCUUGUUUAGUAUCAAACGUUUUAUACUAAGUACAACAAAUAACUGUGUAAUGGUAAACUGCAAUAUUUUAGGAUACUGGUAUGAUGCACGCUGGCUUAUAUGCCUUCAGAGUAAAAGAAAAUAAAGUCAUUUGUUUGUAAAAUUAGGUUCAUUUUUAUGACAUGAAUGUUUGCAGCAGUACUCCUCAUGUUUUGUCUCUGAGAUCAAAAAUGUCCCAGUGAGCCGUUCAAGACCUGAACAAGAGCCUGAAUCUGAAGAUGCUCAACGAAGCUCAUGUUUCACUUCUGAUCACUAACAGACUUUUUUUUUCUUAUUGCACCAAGUCAAAAGAUUUUUUUUUAAUUGUAUAACUUUAUAUUAUAGUUUUAGUUGGGUAAUGAAUGGAAUUUUAAGGUGAUAAAACAGGGAGAAUAUGCAAGUCUGUAACAGGAAGAUGUGUAUAAUAGAUGAGCUAAGUAAUUGUUUCACAGUGCCAUUGAUGAGGGUUUGAAGUUGGUGUCACUUUUUGUCAACAAUUCAACAGGAAAACUGAAGUUUUACAGUUUUUUAAAUUAUUAUCAUACUCAUGUGCUCAGCUGACUGAUGGCUGGCUUUUUUUAGCAAGGUUUGUACAUGUUCCCUUCUCAAAGGCUGUACCGUUAUUAUCAGUAGAGAAAAAGAGGUGAUAUUUACAGAGUAGAUAAAGUCCUUUUCUGAAUCCUAGAGGCAGGUUAUAUUGUGACUGCAACUUCAAACAUUCAAUAUAACGAUAAAAUGACCAAGAAAGGAGAAUAAAACUGCUCAUAAAUACAAACAGAGGAGCUAAAAAUCACAGACAGGAGCAGCAGAGUCUAAAGAAGACAGUGUAUGUAGUUCUGACAGAAAGACUCAUUUCAUCAUAUUCCAUAAGCUGUAAAAUUCUGGAGAUCCUUAAAAUCUUUAAAUGCUUUGGUUAAUGUAUGAAGAUUAAAAUGGUGAAAUAUGGAGAUGAGGUUUCUGCCUCACAGCCAUAUUAUAACGAGAUCAAUAUGAUAGUAGGUUUGUGUAAUAUUAUGCAAGUUAGAAAGAGUACAGUGAAAAUCCAAUCAAAUCAAAUGGAGCUAAGUUGUCUCUGAUUUUUAUUAAAUCAUUCUUGAAUUGAAUUGUGUCCAACUGGAUCAACUUUUGAGGAGAAAUUCACACUCUUACUGGACAGAUAAGUCAUAUAAGAAUAACAUAAAAUAAAUAGAAGGUAUUUAUAUGCAGGUGCACCUCAACAAAUCAGAAUAUUGUUAUGAAAAGUUAUAAAAGUCUGCAGAUGGUGAUGAUGUUAAGGCUGGUUGACUUAAAGUUUUAAAGCAGUUGUAUCUGUAGUCGUGUCGGCAGUGAUCUAAGAUCUGUAAUCAAAGUUUGAUGUUUUCAGCUUCUCUUAUGUUGCCAAACAUAAGAGAUGCCUUUUUCUGAUUCACUUGAACUUACAGUUGUUUCUGCUUACAGCUGACUCAUGAAUCUCUCAAACACGGGCAGAAAUUCCUCAGCAGGCACCCAGAGAGACCCCCUGAGCAUAGCUAUCAUCAAAAACCUGAUCACUGUGAGCCUCUGCAUCACCAUCAACUCUGUCAACGGCGUCCUGGUGCACACCUUCAAAAAACAUCAGGUCUGAAUCUUAAAAGAGUUUUUGUGAUCCAAAAACACCAGUGGAGCUUUGGCCUCUUGAGUUACAAAUUUAUGUUUAUCAUUAUAUAAUGAUUUACAUUUCCUCACCUUUUUUUUUUAAACUGUUUUCAUCUGAAUCUUCACCUGCUUCUUUAUGUCCUAAUGCCUGUUUAGCUUCUAACUUAAAUAUCGCACAUGCACAAAGUUUUGAGCUGCCAACAUACCUGCUCGGUGCUCAGAUUAAUGUCACGCCGACAAAGAAUACUCUUCAUCAUUUUGUCUCAGUGCAAGGGAGAAUCAUUAAUCGUACUGAGUGGCUGUUAAUUCACCACUCUGUAAACACAUUUAAGAGCACUUAAAAAGACAUUGGCCCCAUUUUAAAACCACAUUAUUAGGAAUAUCAAGACUUAUUGAGUGUGGUAUCCUGCUUCAAAACAGGAUUCUGUGGCUGAUCAGUGACUUAAUGUAUUCACUCUAUAGGUCACGCAAAAGUGAAGAGCUAUUUCGGCACAGGGAGGUGUGUGCAUAAUUGCUUUAGAGUAUGUUGUUGGAAAAAACAUGAAACCAGACAGAGUGGGAGCUUUGUUUUAAUUGAUUUAAUGCAGAAGGUUGUUGGCUUUAGCUGUCAAUUUACUUUGACCAAUCAAUCAAUCAACCUUUGUUUAUAUGGCACCAAGUCACAACAAGUGUUAUCCAUAGACACUUAUCAAAAAAAGCAAGUCCAGAUCAGACUCUAUUUACUAUGGGCUGAGAUUUGUGCCACUCAGAACUGAAAUUGAAUAAUUAUUUUGGAUUUGAAAAGGAUGAUUUGAAAUUGAAAGUCAUGUUUUGAAAGUGAAUUUAUCUGCUCUGAAGUUUUAGUAAACCUAUAUGAAAAUUCAACUCUCUAUUUUCCUUAAAAAAAAAAAAAAAUCAAUUGCAGUUCAUACAAUUCAGAUUCAGUUCUACAAUUCAAUUUCAGUUUAGCAUGGCACAGCCAUUGUGUCAUCUUCCGUGAGGAAGAGUCAUCGAGUGUGGAUUCACAAAGCUCCUAAUUAUGCCUGCCAAAACUCCUUUACGGUCUUUGGCUUCACAGAUCUAUAUCCACCUUAUUUCUUAUCCCUUAUCAACCUACUGCAAUAAGUGGCCCAUCAUAAGGAUUAGUGAAUAAGCAUCGAAAGCAGCGGUUUCAUGACUAAAAUACCUACAUUGUAUUUAACUUAUUUAACUUCAUUGAGUGUUACGCAUAGACUGUAUAGAGUAUACAUAUAUCUAUAAUAAUAUAUUAUAUAUUAUUAUAAUAUAUAAUGAUAUACGCAUGUUACAUAUUUGGGAAUGUUUUAUGUAGUUCUGGUAUUUAUUGCACCGCCAAUGGUUGUACUGACAACCAGAUGGAUUAGAAUUUAUGACUUGAGGAGUACCCAAAACAAAGAGGGAGUGUUCUUGUGCCUCUCGCUUCAAGUUCCACCUUCUGCCUUCAGACGGAUUGUCAUGGUGCACGGUUAAACAAAGAAAAAAGGACCCAAAUGCAGAAAUAAGGAUUAAUUUAAGAAAAUGCAAAAAGAAAAAGGCCAGGAAAAAAACUACUCUUAAAAAGUCCAACUGAAAAAUCUUAAGGAAAAAACACGAAGAGCAAAAUCCUGAACAAACAAAAAGGCACUGGGAAAAAACACAAGGUGACUAACAAGGGAUCCAAACAUACUCUGACAUACAUACAUACAUACAUACAUACAUACAUACGAUCACAGGAACAAUACAGAACAGAAACACUAGGAAAAAUACAAGAAAGUACUCUGAAAUAACAAAACCAGGGAAAAACUAAAUUAACAGAACAUAUCAUGACACGGACUUUGCUCAGAAUUAUACUUAAUUCAUUAAGCACUUUUCAACCAAAGAAAAUGCAUGCGAAGUGCUGUACAUUAAAAAAAGAAAUCAAUACAAACCAGCCCCCAUUCACACACUUUCCAAAUCAUAUAUGUAGCUAAAUAAGACCUGUAAAAAAGUAAUAAUGAUUAUUAUGAGUGUUAUUGUAAUAAAUUCUAAAUAAAUAAAAGAAGUGAGCAAACUGAGGGAACACCAUCACUAUCUGCAGGAUUGUCCUGGUCCUGCAGCACAUGAGCGGCCAGCUGUGUGUAUUUCACCUGGGACUGACACAUAAACCCAGACAUGGUGAUGUGGGACAUUGAGGCUCUGACUCGGCUCAUGUCCAACCUCUUCUAACAAAACCCAACCGAUCUUGUUAGUAUGUACUGUAAGUACAGAUAAGCCUCAGCAUCCCUGUCUACACCAACAGAGCUAACAAAGUAGCAUAAUAUGCUAGAAUAUGUUAUUUGACGCCAUUUCUUUAUAUCGUUCUCCAACCCCUCAACAGAUUCCAAAAACACAAGAUGAGAUGUUGAUUUCCUGUGCGAGCACAUGCAAAUAACUGGUGGACUUGUCGGUGAAUGGUGGAUGUAGUCUAGAAGGAGAUUAUCAGGAAGAAUUGAAAUUGUGGGACGCAUCAUCAGUAGUGUUCCUCUGGGUCAUGGGGUGUUUCGGCCCUUUACACUAUACACCCUCCCCAGAGGCGGCCAGCUGUAGGAUGAUCAGACCUCAGCUUGCGUCCCAAGCCCAAUUAGUCAUGAGAGUCACCUGUUGUCUAGCGGCGUACACCUCAGGGGACUAUGCAUGGCAGGGGCGUCCUGUUCCCUGAGUCAAGCCUAAGCCGACCGCAUACCUCCUAGCACACUACUUGGGGGCCCAACUGGGGUCCUUUCUCUUCAGCCAGAGCCACUGGCUGCUUCUUUCUGCCGCCUCUGAUGCAGCUUUGACGGCUCUGCGCUGGUUCUGGCCCUUAAUUCCAAAGUCCCUCAGUAGUUUUGUGGUGGAUGUUCUCACAAACCCUCUGCACCCAACCUCCACUGGGCGGACUUCCGCGUUCCAGCCACGGUGUUUUGCCUCUGCAGCUAAGUCCGCAUAACGCAGAUGCUUCCGCUCAUAUGCCUCCUCCAUUGAAUCCUCCCAGGGUACGGUGAGUUCGAUUAUGUAAACCUUCUUUACGGAGGGGGACCAGAGCACUAAGUCAGGCCUCAAGGUGGUGGUGGCAAUCUCUGAGGGGAACACCAGCUGUUUGCCGAUAUCUGCCAGCAUCUUCCAGUCCCGUGCAAGGCACAGCUGGCUUCUUUCUGAUGGUAUGGAGUUGCUCCUGGUAGCUGUAGCCCCUUCUCGGACAAAGGCCGUUGCCCAUGGUGUUGUUGAGGACUUAGGUGUUGGCAGAGAUAGGGCAUUGAUGCUGGAUCGUUUUUCCUCCAGCGUGGCAGCAAGGCUCUUCAGGACUUGAUUGUGGCGCCAAGUAUAUCGUCCUUGGGUGAGGCUGGUUUUACAUCCGGUGAGUAUGUGCCGAAGGGAGGCUGGCUUGGAGCACAGGACGCACCCUGGGUCUUCGCCAAACCACUGAUGGAGAUUAGUUGGUGUUGGGAGCACGUCGUAGGUGGCUCUGAUGGCAAAGCUCAAACUCCUUGCUUCCAUAGCCCAUAUAUCCCUCCAGCUCAACUUCCUCCUUUCGACACCCUCCCACCGUGUCCACAGGCCCUGUUUGCCAAGGGAGACUGCCUUGGCCCAUCUUGCCGUCUCCUCCUGACGCCACACUUCCUCCACCACCAUCUUCCUCCGUGCUGGAGCAGUGGAGUUUCUCCAGGCUGGGCGGCUGGUUGUUAGCCCGAGGCCUCCUCUUCCUUGCUGAACGUUCCCCACGAUGUCAGCAUGUGUCAGAGCUGCUGUUGCCUCCUCCACUGCUCUUGCUGGUCUCCACUUGCGCCCAGUGGCCAAGGUCGGUGCAUUCUCUCUGACCACCGGAUCUUUGGAUUCGUUCAAGGUCAUCUGCAGUCGUGUUUUGGCACACUUGAACUCCUCCGUAAGGCUGGUGAGGGGCAGCUUGAGGACACUGUCUCCAUACAGGCUUAUGGUGGUGAGGCAGCGAGGGACUCCAAGCCACCUCUUGACAUGGGCUGUGACUCUUCUCUCCAGCUUCUCUACCGUUGAGAUGGGCACCUCGUAGACUGACAGGGGCCACAACACCCGGGGUAGUAGACCAAACUGAAAGCACCAGGGGCCUUAUGUAUCAACGCUUGCGGCGCAAGAAAACCUUGCGUACGCCAAAAUCGGCGCACACGUCCAGAUUUAUCAUCGCGAAACGAGCGUCGGUUCCAGCGCUAAUCAACGCAAAGUCAGGAGGUGGUGUAGAAAUUGGCGUUGAGCUGAUACUUGCGUUGACUGUGAUUCGCACUUUGGCGACGCUGUGUGGCGGUGUUUGGUGUUUGGCGCACAAGCGUGCACCACAUCCCCGUGGCCGAGCAGCAUGUCGCCCCACAUGACGAACCAGCAGCAGACGGAGGGAUGCGAGCUGAUCCCUGCCGGGCCGCCGUCCUCGCGCGGGAGAAUCUCAUCGCCACAGUGUGAAUGGGUAAGAAGUGAAUACACAGUUCAAUGAGCCAAAUUAAUUUAUUUUCUCCACCAGAUCCCCCUGAUGAUUUCUUCCUGCGAUUGCAGGACCCCCUUCGCGAGGACCCUUCCACUGCGUCUGGGUGGUCCAGCGGAAACGCCGUGGCUGGUGGACGCUCCACCGCUUGUCGGCGUGCUGAUGCUGGUGCUGGUGCUGGGGCCGGGGGCCGGGGUGGCCCGAAUGCCGCUGGUCCUGGCCGACGACUCCGAGCCGGCGGACGGGCUGCCGCGGGCCGGGGUUCCGCAAGCCGGCGACACGGCCGACGCAUUGAUUUCUGUGACACAAUAGAAAUAUUUGUUCAUUUCAAUUCCUGCUUCUGUGUAUCUGUUGCGUUUACAUCUCUCUCCACGGUAUCAUAGGUAAUGUAAUCCAGUAUUUCGAAGUCAGUUAUGCACAUUACAGUUGUUUAUUGCAUAAAAAGUUAUCGAAAAAUGAAGUUAAGGGCGAAGUAUAAAUCACGUCUAAAAAUAGACUGAAUCACGACAUUGAAAUGAAGUAUAAACUUAGACUAGACGUCUAAUAUACGUCUUUUGCUCAGUGGGAUGACAAAGCAUGUGGACAUUUGUGUGACACGCCACUUACCCUAUAAUAAUAAUCGCCACCACCCGCUGCUCAAACGGCGUGAGGGUCUCCUCCCCCGGAACCCCACCUGUCUGGCCAGUACUCCUCCGGAGGGCAGCUGUACGCCGCUUGACCUCCACCUUGAGGUCCGACCACUUUUUUUUAAUCUCCGCGGGGGUGCGUGUCUCGGAACCCACCGCAUUCACCCUCUCGCAAACUUUCUCCCACUCCAAGCGUUUUUGUUUUGCACUGACGCCACUCGACAGGCUGCCAAACAAAACACGCUGUCGCUCCUCCACCAGCACCUCCACCUCGCACGCCGUAAAUUUAGUUUUUCUUGUCAUUUUGUCUGCGUGCGAGGACAGGGAGACCCUAUUUAAAUAAAUCUUCAUAUUUAUAGGAGGGCGUAACGGGGACGGGCCCAGUCACUCCGACAUCUGCGCUCAAUUCCACGCUGAUUGGGAUUUAUCAAGGAAACACACGUGGAUUUCGGCGCCCGCACACAUUGAUACAUACGAAUUUUUUUCAGCGUUACGGACCUUGCGUGCGCUCGUUUCUGGUAUGAGUUCCACGCAAGUAUUGAUACAUAAGGCCCCAGGUCUUUAACUUCCCAGGGAGUUGGGUGUUGUCAAUCGCCUUUAGGCCUGCAUUGAUGUCAUUGCGCAGUUGCUCCACCUGGUCUUUGUCUUUCAGGCUUGCAUCGUAGAGCCUUCCAAGGCUUUUGACUGGCUGCUCAGAAACAGUGGGGAUUGGGUCAUCACCGAUGAAGAACUGCACGUCCGUAAGCACUCCCUUGACCACUGAGAUGCUGCGUGACUUAGAUGGUUUGAUCUUCAUACGGGCCCAGCUGAUGUUCUCCUCAAGCUUUCUGAGUAGCCUCCUGGUGCAUGGGACAGUGGUAGUCAGUGUGGUGAUGUCGUCCAUGUAGGCUCUGAGGGGAGGGAGGCGCCGGCAAGAGUCGAGUCUUUGUCCGCCUACAACCCAUUUCGAGGCUCGAAUGAUAACCUCCAUCGCCAUGGUGAAAGCCAGGGGAGAAACGGUGCAUCCAGCCAUAAUGAGAAUGGCUGGAGAAGCCCGAUAUCCCUGCCUUUUGUACAGAUGUAUCCACGUACUCAUUUUUGUGCAGGUACUCGGCCAUCCUUUGUGCAAUGAUUCCAAAGAAGAUCUUGCCCUCCACGUUAAGCAAGGCGAUGGGGCGGAACUGGCUGAUGUUUGUUGCGUCCUUCUCCUUUGGAAUAAGGAUCCCACCUGCCCUACGCCACGCUUUGGGUAUAGAGGAAGGAAGUGGAAUGAUAACAUUGUCCCGUUUAGGGUGUGAUAGAUGACAUUUCCAUGUUGUCUUCAUUGUCAAUGGCUUUAAUAAUCACAGUUGAUGAACAGUUGCCAAGGAAAAUGCCAACUCCUCAUCCAGUUUUUGAAGGAACCAGGUGACACACCCAUUGUAAAGCCAAAGACCGUAAAGGAGUUUUGGCAGACGUAAAUAGGAGCUGUGUGAAUCAACGCUUGAUGACUCUUCCUCAUGGACGUAGAUGACGUAAUGGCUGUGCCAUGCUUAACUGAAAUUGAUUUUUUUUAUUUUGAAUUUGAGUAAAAGAGUUUAAUUAAAUUUAAAAGCAGUUAAAUUCAGUUGUAAAACAUUAAUUUCAAUUUUAAAUGCUGCUUUUCGAAUCCAAUAUACUUAUUUCCAGUUUCUCGUGUCACAGAUCUCAGCCCAUAAUUUACACAGAUGGGAUAAGAUUGAGGCCCAGCUCCUGAGAUCUUAAACACUAAGAUUUUGUGGACCAAUAUUAGAUUCUAUUCAAUCACUUUUAUUCUGUUAAUGCACGUUGUUCACUGUGAUGGACAGAGACAUAAUUUCCCUGAAUUAAUUUAAAUUACAAAAAGUUACAAACAUGAUGAAAAUGAAACACAAUGACAAAAAUAACAAAUUUGGGACUGAUUUGUGCGUGUAAGCGUUGGUUUAAUGAAAGUUUAUCUUCUUUUCCUCUGUUCCACAAUGUCCUCUCUCUGCAGGUUCUCAACAUGAACCCUCGUUACAUCCUGUACAUCCAUCUGGUGAUCAAUGACAUCAUCCUGCUGACCGUCUUCACUCUGCUUCAGGUCCUGAGUUACAUCUUCUUCUCUCUCCAUGUCCCACUGUGCAUCAUUUUGGUGACCAUUGCGAUGUUUUCCACCCAGAACAGCCCUUUAACUCUGGCCUGUAUGGCAUUAGAGACUUACAUCGCCAUCUGCUUCCCUCUGCACCACUCACAGAUCUGCACAGUCAGGAAAACCUGGAUUGUGAUCAGCUUGAUAUGGAUGUUCAGCAUGUUUUCUGUCCUGCCUGAUUUAUUUGUCACAUUAGCAACUGAGCCCAUGGAUUUUUUUCACUCAAGAGUUUUUUGCAUGACUCUUAAUGUGUUCAGAAACCCGACUCUCGCAGAGGAAAGAAACAUAUCAAACGGUGUGUCAUUGGUUGUUGUAUGGCUGACGCUUGUCUACACGUACUUCAGGAUCCUGUUUGCUGCUAAAGCUGCUGCUGCGGAUGCAAAGAAAGCGAGGAACACUGUCCUCCUCCACGGCUUCCAGCUGCUGCUCUGUAUGCUCAGCUACGUAUUUCAGCCAUUCAUUAAGGGUCUCAUGUAUUUGUUUCCUAAUGGAGUACUGAUCAUUCGCUUUAUAUUACCGAUACUGAUUCAGGUUCUGCCUCGACUCCUCAAUCCUGUCAUUUAUGGGCUCAGAGACACAAUGUUCAGAAAUUACCUGAAAAGAGAUCUGUACAGUAUGACAGGUACUAUGGCUGAAAUACAAAAGUUAUAAAAGUUAUCACAUUUUUGAACUGUGUUUCAGUUUUUCAUUUUCUGCUUCUAAUAUUUAAAUAUUGUUAAAUCUGAAAAUUCUUUACGUGGUUCCUGUGGGUUCCCUUUAACUAAUAAAGUGUCUUUGUUCUUAGUUUGUUUGUUUGUUUGUUUGUUUUCAAUAUAAACAUGAUGCUGGUCGGCGGGGCUUAGCAGGACAAAAAAACAACAACAACGACAACAGAAAAAAAAACACUUUCAGGCACUUUGACAGGACUAGCCAGCAAGUUGUUUUGGGGCUCAGACAGUAAGAACACCAACAGUGAUCUGAAGGCGAGUGUCACGCUACCAUUUACAGGGGAAAAUAAAAUGCCUUUUAGCACUUCACCAAAAAUAACUAUUUUUUUCCACAUUUGAAAGUUUUCUCAUUCUCCUCCUCUCUCUUUUUUUUUCUUGGCGGUCCACAGGAAGCACAUGUCCACAACACCAUACUGUAUAUGGUGUUCAUUGUCUAUUCAUGGGUGGAUAUGAACCAUCAUGAACUUACUAAUGUUUAUGAUCACAUCAGGAGUUCCUACAGCGUUCAUGGAUCUGUAGUAGUUUUUUGAGUUAUUCAGGUAGUGGAUAAUAUGGGCUCGCCACCUGUAGGAGAGGCCAAAAGGGUUGGGUGUGAGUCGGGCUGUUGUCGAAGGCGGAGGACCUUGGCAGUCCGAUCCUCGGCUGAGGAGGCUAGCUAGCUCGAGGGACGUGAAAUGUCACCUCCUUGGCGGGGAGAAGCCUGAGCUAGUGUGUGAGGUAGAGAAGUUCCUGCUAGAUUUAGUCAGACUAACCUCAACACAUAACGUGGGCUCCGGAUCUAGCCCGCUCAAGAGGGGUUGGAUUCCCUUCCACUCUGGAGUUGACACUGGUCUGGGGUAACCGGCAGGGGUGGCAAUACUUAUUGCUCCCCAGCUCAUGCCUGUAUGUUGGGGUUCACCCUGGUGAAUAAGAGGGUAGCCUCCCUUCACCUUCGGGUGGGGGGACAUAUCCUGACUGCUGUUUGUGCUUAUGUUCCAAACAGAAGCUCAGAGUAUCCAGCGUUCUUGAAGCCCUUUGAGGGAGUACUGGAGAGUGCUCCUUCAUGGGACUCCCUUGUUCUGUGAUGGACUGUUUGAGCUCCCCCCACAAACAAGUGGCUGCUGGAGAAGAGUGGGUGAGUCUCUUUGCUGAAGAAAUAAGGUAAAAUUAAAAAGAUGUUUAGUGGCUAAUACUAUGGCUGGGACCCUAUAUAUACUGUUGAUGAAGUUAGGUGCUGUUCUGAGCAUUAUUUGUGGCUGUAGAGUGGCUUUUUGGUUGAGGUUUGCGCGUCGAGACAUAGACCACUGUGUAUUGCUAUUGUGCGGUCGUUACUAAAGUUGGUAUAACUAGAGAAGCAAGCAGUUGGCAACAUUCAUCUCUCAAGGGGGAGUCUAACUCUCAGUUACAAACAAUAGAAUAUCCCUUUGGAUCUUGUUUUGCUCAGCCGAGCCUUUUCUGUUGCUGUGUUGUGCAGCCUGUUUCUGUUAGACUCUUUUACUCUCUCCCCUCCCCCAACUCCUGAACGUCACUUGCUCACUGCAAUCUCAUGAGGAAACACAGCUUUUUGAUAUGAUGUUUUUCUUGUUCCUAAAUACAAAUAUUUUUUUCAAGUAUUUAUUCGAAGUAAGUAUUUGUAAAAAACGCAUUAUUUGUGCCUUUCCCGGUACCGUAUUCAGGUUCGGCUCCACCCCUAACUAUAUGCAACUUGUAUGUAGUCUCUUUCUCUAUCCUGAACCUCCAGCAGAAUUGAAACAGUUGACUGAGAUGCAGGGAGGUUUUUAAUUUAGUCAUUUACUUCCUCCAUGUUGGAGAGUGAUGAGGUUGACCUGUUUGGCUGAGUGAUUUUGAUCAGUGCAGGAUACACAAAGGCAUAUUUAAUGUCAGCUUUGCGUAGCAGCAUGUGGGCAUUAGCCGACUCAUUCCUUCUUUUCACUACCUCAGCAGAGAAGUUCUGAUGGAAAGACAUGUCUUGGCCCUCCACCUUAAAUCUGCCCUUGUUUCUUGUCACGUACAAAGUUCUUUGCUUAUCAAUGUUGUAUAGCCUCACGAGGACAGGUCUUGGCACAUCCUUACCACCAAGUCUCAGUAGAAGCCCAUCACAAUGGGCUCUCUCUGUCUUGAUACGGACUCCUUGUAAACCCCAAACUCCAAGGAUCUGUUUCGAAGAAGAAAACAACCAACAAUUGGCACAUUCUGCCACCUGCUCUGGUUCUCAAAGCUGUCCAGUUGCUCUAAUGCCCUUUUAGUUAGUCUCCAGGGAGUUCAGCCAUGGCACAUUGACCAUGGCUGCAGCUUUCAGAUCUGACAUUCGCUGUUCAUUCUCUCCGGUAUGGUGCCAAACUUCUUAGAAAGCUCAGUGACCGGUUUGAGAAUGACAGCCAAUUUACCUUCUAACAUCUGGUCAUUGGUGGUCAUCACUCCUUAAACUAUCAGGUCAUAGCCUCAGCACAAAUUCCCACCUGGUCCAACAACAGCUAUGCAGAUAUCCUGCACUGUAUCAUCAGGGUCAGCCAUGCCAUCAAAAUACCAUCAGCCAAAAGAGUCUGCAAGCAAAGUCGACUUAUUUAUCAUUAUGGUAGAUGCCAGACUAAGAUAUUCAGUGCAUAUUGCAAAAACAGCCUUUUUUACCACCUCUUUUGCCUGAGAAGACUCCGAUCAAUAGACAUCUGUAGUAAAACGCUGCAGAUGUUUUAUCAGUCUGUGGUGUCUACAGUGUUCUGUCCUAUGCUGCAGUCUGCUGGGGAGGAAGCAUCAAACACAAAGAUGCAAGACGUCUUAACAAACUGGUGAAAAAGGCUGGCUCUGUGGUUGGACUCAAGCUGGACUAAGUGGAGGAUGUGGUGGAGAGAUCUACACUGAGGAAGGUGGAGACUAUUCUCAAGAACAUGGAUCACCCACUUCACAACACCUUGAUGGACCAAAGGGCCAAUGGUGGUGGACGGCUCCUCUCUCUUUACUGCAGGACAGAAAGAUUCAGAAGAUCUUUUGUACCAACAGCCAUCAGACUUUAUACCUAUGUUAAUAAUAGAUAACUUUUAUAGACAUAUUACGUGAGACAACAGACAAUUGAAUUUCCCUUCAGGGAUCAAUAAAGUUCUUAUUAUUAUUAUUCUUAUUUUCACAUAUCCCAUAGCAAAAAUCACUCUUAACAAAAUACACAGAGCAAAACCAGCAAAUACUACUCAAAUACCAAAAUCCACACAAAUCAAAAGGUCCUCACAGGAGCUUCAAGGGAAGUCAUCUUAUUUUUUUAUUUUUGAUUGCCUUUUAUUGUCUGCUUUUUUAACCUUGAUUUGCUUUGUUCCUCUGAUGCUCUCAGUUUUUUUGUUGUGUAAUUUACUUUUCUAAACUUUAUUUUCCUUCUUUUAAAAAGGUAUUUAAUAGAACAGACUUGGUAGAAUUGAAAUCAAAUACUCAGAAGUCUGUUUAAAUUAAUGUAUAAAAAUCUUUUUGUUUUUGUUGAUUCAGUUUGAGUCUUCUAUAUAUACAAGUAGCAGGUACUGAAUCUAUAAGCUUGUCUAAGAUAUAUAAAGUUUUCAUCCAUUAAAACAAUAAGAUAGUCAAAACAAAGUCAGCUGUGAUUAAAACUGAUCAGCUGUUUCAUCUAAAGACUAAGACUUAAUCUGACAUCACUAUGUUGCAGUCUGACAGAAAUCAUGACAUAUUCCUUCAAAACCUGCUUACAACAGCUUUUCACUCACACACACACAUGCUGCACACCAUCUAAAUCCCAAUAGUCUUCACUCAACAAACUGUUUAUUAACUCACCAGCAGCUGCUGCAGAGGGGUGACAUCCUUCCGGGUACGUACAGACACACAGGGUUUCAUGUUUUCUCUGCACUGCACUGAUGUUGUUCUGCUGAGUGUUAAUGAUCAUGAUAAAAAAAAAAAUUAUCUAAGGUUUAUAGGUGUGCAUUCAUCUGUGGCAAUGUGUAUUCAUAGAGAGGUAUUGUACGAUUGAUAUUUACAGUAUACUGAAUAUCAGUUUUUCUGAAAGGGAUGAUGCUGAAGUUGAUAAAGCUCAGAAGCUGAUGAAGUUUAAAAAAAGAUCACCCUGUUGUUUUGCACUUUGUAAACUGUGUUUUAAAGAAACUUCAGGUCAGAAAACAGCAGAGUUUAUUUUAAGAAUCUAUGUGUUUCUGCAGGAUUUCACAACAAAUUCCAGAGUUUUCCUUGUUUUUAAGUUCCGUGUGAGAAAGGAAACCAUCAUAAGGAAAAUAACCUGUGCUGUUUUCAGGAAAAAAAGAUUUCCAGACAUGAAUUUUUCAUUCCUUAACGGCUCUUCAUUUGUGACUGGGACCCAGCGGGACACCUUCACCACAGCUUUGACCAAGAAUAUGAUUGUCACAGCCCUCUGCAUUUCCAUCAACUACAUCAACGGUACUCCGGUGCACACCUUCAGGAAGCACCAGGUAUGGGAAGUAUGUCUUAUCAGUGUUUCAGCUGCAUUUGACUGUUUCGUGACAGUGAGUCAGGAGUCUGCAGAAAAGUCAAACAUGCUCCUUAAGAUUCCUCUUUCAUUUGCAGACAUGCAUUUUAAAAACAUCAGGUUGAGAAUAUUCAGAUAAUCUCAGCUGAAAUAAAAAAAUUGUUCUUAGCCUGUUAAAGUGUGUGAAUGUAACAGCAGGUUGUGCAUAAAUUUUGCAAACUGAGGUUAAAAAUAUAAAUUUAAAAAAUGUUUUAUUAUUUUUAUCAAGAGGAAGUGCUGUUCUUAUCAAAACACCACAUGCAUUUGACAGUGACAGCAUGUCUUUGAAUGAUGAUUUUACAUACAAAGAGAACAAUUUCUAAAGGAUAGUGUUGCUUUAAUCUUUUUUUUUUUGUACGUAAUAAUUCAUUUGAAUCUUGAUAAAUCUCAUUACUUCUACUUCUUCAAAGUUUGCCUCAGCUUACAAAUAGAGACAUUUUUUUUAAAGACAAGUAAGCUUAAAUUUCUUAUUGUCCAACAUUUUUGAAUAGCAUUGCAUACUUUUGGUAGAAACAAUCCAAGUCUUAUUUUUUUUUUCUUUUAGAAAGACAAACCACAUUAAAAUAACCAUGCAUCUGCAUUUUAGUGUCAUUUGGAUUAUCAUUCAUGAAGGUUUAAGUAACAUUUUGUGAUUUUCUAAUUAAUCACAUCAACUCUGACUUCUUCAAAUGCUGAUUAAAAUCACAAAAAGAUCCAUUUCUGUGAUAGAAGGUAGCCUGAAUUCUUGCAAGUGUAUGCGAGUUCAAAGAAAAUAAGAAAAAAAGGAUUUGUAUUUCUGAAUCAAACCUACCAUGCAUUUGCCUCAAGGUCUAAUUUGGAUUCAGUUUUUAUGCAUCAUUUAGCUGUAUUUUGUUAAAUACAUUAAUUUUGGUUAGUAACUCAAAUAGUUGGCAUUAAAUCCCAUGAAUUUGGGUUAUAUUGCUGAUUUAGAUGGCUUUUAUCAUCAUGUGGUGCAGUCCUUCUUCACCAAACCCUGCAUGCCAUAAAAACCAAAUUUGCUGGAAUGUCUAUUAAUUUAUUUAUGUAUUAUGUAGGAAAGAAAAGAGAUUUAAGAGUUUGAACAUGGUGUGGUUGUUGGUGCCAGGGGUUUGUUCUGAGUAUUGCAGAAGAAAACUGAAGGCUACAAUUCACCAAAGCUAGACAACAGAGGAUUGGAACAACGUUUCCUGGUCUGAUGAGUCUGGAUUGCAGCUGCGGCAUUCAGAUGAUGGGUCAGAAUUUGGCAUUAAAAACAUGAAAGCAUGGAUCCAUCCUGCCGUGUAUCAACGGUUCAGGCUGCUGCUGCUGCUGCUGUUGGUGCUCUAAUGGUGUGGAGGCUCAGUUGUGGAAGCUCCACAACUGGGUAUUGUUGCUAACCAUGUCCAUCCCUUAAUGACCACAGAGUACCAUUUUCUGAUGGCUACCUCCAGCAGGAUUAUGCACCUUGUCACAAAGGUCAAAUCCACUUAAACUGGUUCAUUGAAAAUGACACUGAGUUCACUGUACUUCAGUGACCUCCACAGUCUCCAGUCUGCUGCACCUACACUACAGGCCAAAAGUUUGGAAGCAAGAUAGGAUUUGUACAAAAAAGACCAUAGUUUCAUACAAUUUGCAACACAAUAAACAUGACUUUUGUGUAAAGAGUAACUUAUCAGAAGACAUGUUUACUAUAACUAUUAGCUAUUUGCGUUAUUGUUGCUCAGACGCUGCUUUCUUUAAAAUAACCUCCUCUGGCUUUAACAACAGCUUGGCAUAUACCAGGCAUUUGUUCCACAAGUUUUCUAAGGUAUGUUCCAGGGAUUGCAUUCCAAGCUUUCUUAAGUUCAUUAAAAAGAGACUGCUGAUUUGUGGGAAGCGUUUUUCUGACCGAUGAAUCCAAUUCAUCCCGCACAAGCUCAAUUGAGAAAGGUCUGGAGACUGAGGGGGCCAAACCAUCUUUUGAAGAACACCUUCCUCUUCUUUUUUGUCUAGGUAACCCUGACAGAGCUUGGCAGAGUGCUUAGGGUCAUUGUCUUGCUGCAAAACAAACUUAUGAACCACAAGUCUGAGUCCAUAUGGAACAGCAUGGUGCUGGAGGAUGGAGUGGUACGGUUCCUUCUCCAUGAUACUCUUGACUUCAAACAAAUCUUCUACUCCAUCACCUGCAAAACAUCCCCAUACCAUGGAACUACCACCUCCAUGCUGAAUUGUGGGUGUAACACAUGGUGCUUUCAGACGUUCACCAGUUUGUCUGUGGACAUUAACUCUGCGUUUUGAACCAAACAGUUCAAACUUGCUUUAAUCGGUCCAGAGAACUUGUUUUUUAGUCAUCAUAGGUCAAAUUUUUGUGAACUUUUGCCCACUCAUAUCUCUUUUUCUUGUUCUGUGGACUAAGUAGUGUUUUUUUGCAGAUACACAACCCUUCAGACCAGCCUUUCUCAAACAUCAUUUCACGGUUGUCAGAGAUAUGGGUUUUGACCUUGUCAUGUUGAUUUCCUCCCUUAUUCACGGUGCUAUCUUUCGCCUAUCUCUCUUACUGAUGACGAUGCUAUGUUUAUCCUCUGCUUUGUAACUCUUUUUUGUUCAGGCCUUUUUCUAUCAUAAUAACUUCCAGGUUCCUCUAGUCUCUUCAGAGUGUAGUGGACUCCUUUGUUUAACACCUUUAGGCGUUUUGCAAUUUCUCUUUCUGUGUAUCCUUCUUUCCUCAAUGUACUAAUCUGUACUUUGUUUCCUUACUUAGUUGCUUCUUUCUAGCCAUUUUUGCGGUAGUUUGAACACAGUUGAGAUUUAUUAAGAUUUUUGUAUGCAGACUCUCAAAAGUCAAAAAGUUGAAGUAAAUUUGGAGUUAAUUUUUUAAUAUUUGAUGAUUAAAAGCAGAGAUGCUGUAUCCCACAUGAGGGAAUAUUUCCUGAACUCAGUCAUUCAAAGGAUUUCAAAUAUACUGUAAAUAUACUGCUGCAUUAGUUCAGCUCCACAAACAAUCUUUUUCUAUCACAGGUAUUUUAUUCCAACCCUCGCUACAUCCUCUUCAUCCACCUGGUGAUCAACGACAUGACACAGCUGAUCCUCUCCACCCUCCUUCACAUCAUUAGCUACGCCUUUUACACCAUCAACGUGUCCUUCUGCAUUCCCCUCAUCAUCAUGACAGUUCUUGCCACGCUCAACACCCCACUCAACCUGGCCAGUAUGGCGGUGGAGUGUUACAUCGCCAUCUGCAUCCCCCUGCGCCACAGACAGAUCUGCACGGUGAGGAAAACCUACAUCCUGAUUGGUGUGAUCUGGGCGGCGAGCUCCCUCUCUAUCCUGCCUGACUUCUUCAUCCUGCUGGCCACAGAGCCACCGCAGUUCUUCCUCUCCAGGAUGUUUUGUGCCAGAGACUAUAUCUUCAGGAGCCCUUACAGUCUGAAGAAGAGGAAUGUGUCUCAUAUUGUUUGUCUUGUUUUGGUUUGGCUCACACUUUUCUAUACCUACUUCAGGAUCUUGUUCGCUGCCAGAGAAGCAACUUUAGAUGUUAAAAAAGCCAGAAACACCAUCCUCCUGCACAGUUUCCAGUUACUGCUGUGCAUGCUGACCUACGUCAGACCCAUGUUUGAACAGAGUCUGCUCCUCUUAGUGCCCACACAGUUCCUGUCUGUUCGCUUCACAAGCUUUGUCUUAGUGCAGAUCCUGCCUCGCUUUGUCAGUCCCAUUGUGUACGGAUUGAGAGACCAGACCUUCAGGAAGUUUGUGAUGAAUUACCUGAUUUGCAGAGUGAGCAGCAGAGUUAAGUCUCAGAUAUGAGUGGGACAGUGAAACAGCAGUGACGGAGUCUCAGUUAAUAAACAAGUUCUUCAGAUAAAAACUUACUUCUGUUAUUUACACACCAGAAAAACAGCUUUGUUUGAUUCUUACAGCUUAAGAGAAAGCUAAGAGGGUUUGUUUUCACUUCUGGCUUCAUGGUUUUGAGACACUUGCAACACUACAAGAACUCCUAUCUGUGCAGGUCUUUAUAUAUUAUAUCUGGCAAAACUGCUCAGUGAGACUUUAUGUAAGUUAAUUGACCAGACAAUACCAAAUAAAGGUUUCAUUCUAAGAUGAGUUAUGCAUCCAAGAUAAGGUCUAAAUUGCUUGCAAUUAGCAAAAUCUACCAAUGGAGAAAGAAGAAAAAAGUUUUUUUUAAUUCUGAAAAGGUACAUUAUCAUUAAUAGGUGAACUCACUGCAAUAAAAUUGUGGGUUUGAAAUGUUCUUUGUUGCUCUCGGUUACUGACUGAUCGUGUCUUUGCAAACCUGGGCUCAAAUUUUCCACAGGUCACCAUUGACUCUUGUUAUAAGUUGCACAUACUCAUUCACUACUCUGCAAAACAAGAAAUAGGCUUUUGCUGGGUUGCAAUGAAUCAUGCCCAAAAGUCAUUAUACACUGUAUCCAGCAGGUGGCAGUAAAAACAGCAAUAGUUGAAGUUUCAAGGCAAAGGCAUGGCACCUUUAAAGAAGGGGGACUUUAUAAACAGACUUUAUACUUCCUUUGUGAUAGCUCUUUUAUAGCUGUACAUGAUUUACUGAUUUAAAAACAACCUUCUGUUUCUCACAGUGAUGUGUUGAAAUAUUAUUUGAGCCUGCGUCUGAAACGCAUCAUUUUAGCUGCUGUCUCUUAAAGACCCCACCCCUCUCGAGCCUUCCACAUCUCUGGAGGCUUUCCAGAGACCAGCCGAGGACAGAUCUUGAUGUUUUGUGCCGUCUAUUGUGGUCAAUCAGCGGCAGCAUCUCUCCAUUCUGCUGUGCUUCUGCAGAUGCAUAGUUGAACGAAGAGAGCCUGUUGCAAUGACAUUGUUAGUGAGUGAGUGUUGUUGAGAUCUCCCAACAAAUCAUUUUAAGCAGUUAACAUCUAUUCUCUAGGAUUAAAACAACAUACAUUUACCUCGUAGUUUAAAAAUUUGCAUAAAUCUGGUAUGGACACCGAACUUUGUAACCUAGCAUUUUUGUUGUAAAUCUGGAAAAGCAUAAUUACCCCCUUAAAAGAUCAGAAGGUAGUUAGAUAUGGAGGACAAAAAGAGACAGAAUGAAAUAAAAAAACACAUUUUAAAUAAAUAUUUAAAAAUAUCAUUAAUUAAUUAAAAUGGGUAUUAAAUAAAUAAACGUGUCAUUAAUUUAUCAAAGGGAUAUUCCAGUGUAAAAUUAUUUUUGGGUCAAACACACGUAACACUGAGUUAGAUACCCCCUUGAGAGAUGAAUGCUGCCGACCGCUUUCUUCUCUAGUCAUACCAACUUUAGUAAAGACCUCAGGAUAGCGUUACACAGUGAUCUCAGGAGCCACACACAAACCUCAACCAAAACACCACUCUAUAGCCACAAGUAAUACUCAGAACAGCACCUAACUUCAUCAACAAUACAUUUAGGGUCCCAGCCGUAGUACUAGCCACCAAACAUCUUUUUAGCUUUGCCUGAUAUCUUUAGCAAAGAGACUAAACACAACUCACCCACUCUCUUCCAGCAGCCGCUUGUUUGUAUGGGGACCCGCGGGUGAGUCCAUCAACUGUAGCAGGGUGACGCAGCUCAAGGAAGAACAUUUAUGAUCCUAAAGUCUUUCAAUACAUAUAUAAUUGGGUGGGUGCGUGUAUGCAUGCAUGUGCGUAUGUGUCUGGCAGGCAGGGAUGGAUGGGAAACCAGCACUUAGGAUGGACAGAAACAUUCCUGCAUAUCUCUGAUGCAUUUUUAGUUCGUAUUACGCUCCGUUCACUAUGUGUUUCAUAUAACUGAUGGUUUUAUUUUAAGAUAUUAAAAACAUCAACUUGGUGUCAUAUGGUGCUACUACAACAUUUUAAAGCUUUUUUUGAAGACUUAAAAACAGGCAACUGGACUGUGUGGAGUUGAGAAGACGUUUCGCCUCUUAUCCAAGAAGCUUUUUUCAGUUCUAAAAUUGCUAGUGUGAGGAGCAGAUAUUUAUCUUACUGGAGAAGGGGACAAACAACGACUGGGAGGAGUUAAAAAGAAUGGGUCGUAGUUUCUCCAAUGUACAGGUCCGAGCAUUCCUCGCUGCACUGGACAGCAUACACCACAUUACUCUGUUUGUGUCUUGGUGUUUUGUCCUUGGGAUGGACUAGCUUCUGCCUUAGUGUGUUACCAGGCUCGAAAUGAACAGGAAUAUGGUGUUUGCCAAAGAUCCUCUUGAGUUUUUCCAACAGGCCUGCAACGUAAGGGAUUACAGUGCUCUUGCGUCUCUCCUCCCUUUCGUGUUCAGUGUUAUUUCUCUUUUUGUUGUGACAACCUGUGGAUACCCUAAGUGGGCCUUUGUGAAGAACAAAAAGAGUCCACUCUACACAGUCCAGUUACCUGUUUUUAAGUCUUCAAGAAAACCAUGACCUGGAUGAAUGAGAAUCUACAUGGACAUUUUAAAGCUUUCUGUAUACUCUAUGCAUCUGGAACAAGGUAAAAUGCAUGCAAGAGCCUUUUUCAGAUAUAUUUUCAGCAUUUUAUAUCAUAAAUCCUGACGGAAAUGACAGUUUGGACUUGACUUUAACUUUUGUACACAGAUUUUAGAGUAUCUGACAGACAGACCUCAAAGAGUGAGGGUAGGAAACACCAUGUCAGAGGUUUUAUUAUACCACAGCGCAGUUUCCUGUCUCCCCUGUUUUAUAUUCUAUAUACUGACUGUUUUGCAACAGACACUGGCUGUUAUAUAAUCAACUUGGAGGAUAACACCAUCUUGGUCAGCCUCCUGGAGCAGGAUGACGUCAAACAUGGUCCACUGUUUAAUGGCCCGGUCAUUAAACAGUGGUCAGUUUAGGUCAGUCUAAGGCCCCUUCUUCACCUAUGGUCAGAGGUCUGGAGAUUGAGGUGGUGACACAGUGUAAAUAGAGUCAGCAGGGUAUGGAACUCUUUUAAUGUCAAUAACAGCAUUUUAAAUUGAUUUCAUAAACCUUUUGUUGAGAGUGUCCUCUGUUGCUGUACUGUAUGCUGAUUUAAAUACUCUAAAAUCACACAUAAGAACAAAAUGGGUUAAACUGUGAAGACCUGUGUGAACAUUACGAGGAAGCUGCAAGCUGACCUUUAGCAGGUGUACAUAAUAAGGCUGUUUGGAUUCAUCCCAUUUACUUACAGUGGAGUUUCAGCUGCUGCCUUUGAAUUAAUAGAGAUGAAACUGUUGAAUUUAACUUUCUCUAAAACAAUCGCACAUACAUGACUCCUAAAGCAGAGAAUGUUAACAGUCAUGACCACUGGUGCCACUGAAACAUCAAACGUGUAUGAAAAAUAUUAUUAGAGUCACAUUUCACACACUGAGCCCCACAGUCAACAUCAAAUUCGAAAGAAAAAAAAAAUCAUCUGAGUGAUUAGAAAAUGUCACAUUCAUAAACCAUCAUCCUCAUCAUCAGCAUCUUCAUCUUCAUCACAUCUCCCUCCUGAUAAUCUCAGAGGACGGCGGUAACGAGAAAACAAUGUCGUCCCGUUUCAGAGGGUUCAUAAAGACUCACCUGCCUGUUGCUGUCUGUCAGUCUGACCUGGACUCAGGUAGGUGACACAGUUUGCUGUGAUGUUGCUCUUUAUUUAAGUGUGAUUAUGACAGUGUUGCAAUUUUGAUGUACUGAAUUAAGAUGUGACUGAAAAACUUUUGUAACAGAAAAUCAUUUUCAAACAUUUGCAGAAACAUAAAUAUGAAUUAUUUUUUUCCUGAUGGUGACAUGGGUCUGGUCUUAUUUCCUUAUUCUUCUCUAUUCAUCUGUUGAUCAUGUUGUCUUUGUCAAAGUGAAGCUCAUCAUCUGCUGCCAGUUUUGCAUAUUGUGUAACUUAUUUUAGCCAUGGUUGUUACACAAACUGAAUGUAAGCUAAAAGGUUUUCAUCUGAAAGUUUUUUUUUUGCACCAGUCCACUUAAACACAAAGCAUUAAUGAACAUUUACUCAUGUUUUGCAUUAUGUAAUCGUUCAAGGUGAAGACUUGUUGCAUGGAAAGAAAAAUUGGUUAUCUUUACAAAUAUUGCAUGCAGGAGAUUAUUUUUAUGCUUGUUCAAAAAUUGUUUAAGGAAAUUUUUUAUUUGUUUUAUAACAGAGAUUAUGAAAUUAGGCCUCAGAUUUCUACAGUGCCUGUGUUUGCUUCAGGUCUCUGCCAUGAUGACACUGAUUAUUAUGUGCAGCAUGUAGUGAAAAUGUCUGGGUGAAUGCAGACACAGCUGAAAAAGUUUGUUAUGUCUGUUAAAGCCAUAAGAGAGAUGAUUUAAUUCACUGACAUUAACACUAUGGUUACAGCUUCAAAUGUGUGUAAAAACUAACUUUACUCUGCAAAUUUAGUGCAUGUCCUUUCAAAAUUUGUCUCUGUAUGUUCUCCUCUUUCUCUUUCUCAUAGUGAAGUAUGAACUUAUCGGGCAACAUGACAGUGAAUCAGGUUUGUUGAAGCAAAUGUUUUGAACUGCAUCUUUAUAUUCAUGAAAAGCUUACUUCUUUUUCAUCGUCCAGUCAUGUGUGUUGGUCAAUAAUUUCCUUUAUGCAACUGCAAUCAUUGCAGAAGUGUGCACAUGCAAGCUUUCUGUCUAUUGAAAGUAUCACAUGUCCUUAAGUUCUGCUUUUUCUGCAGCAGUAUAAUCCCUGAUAUGAGUAAAACAUGCUAAUCUGAAUAAUACUUUAUUCCAACAGGGUUUCUUCCCUGAAAAACCUUGUUAUAUAUUAAAGAUGCAGAACUAAAAGUAAAACUCAAGAGCCUCUCAAUACUCAAGCUGUACAGCUUCAGUCAUAUUUAUCUUGUAUUUUCUAACACACAUUUGUCCUACAUGGCCACUGUUGAUAUGUGAGUUAGUACACACUGAUCAGCCUUAAUGUUACAGGCACCUGAGUAAUCCAGUGCAAGUGAAAUAUUAUACAUCUCAUAAAUUCUUCUUUUAGUUAGCUUUUAUACGCUUAUAUUGUGAUGAUAUUUUCAAACAACUUUAAAUUUAAUUUAAUUUAGUUUAGUUUAAAUUAAUCGCUGGAGUUGUUUCGGGUUGUUGGAGACCUGGAGAAUUGAAUGCCCAACUUCAUAAGCAGUAAAUUCUCCAGCUGAUCGGUGUUGAUUGAUAAUUACCUGUUUUAUGCACUCAAGAUCAAUUUUAUUUGGAAUAACUUGAGAUGUGCAAACAUUUUUGUGCGCUGUCAUACACUAUACAUUUUCUUAGGCUGUAUGAUGUCACAUGAUAUCUGUUUAACGGUUUAACACUUUGUCUGGUAAGAUGCUCAAAUCGCAGAAAGACUUUUCACAAUAAAAGCCUUUUUGCAAUGUGAGUACGGAAACAUUUAGGCACAGGUGGCUUUGUUUCUGCCUGCCUGUUUCUGUAUUAAAGCAUCUGGUUUGACAUUUAGUCACAAAACAAACACGAAACUGCACAAAACAACUAGAAUUGAAAAACUAAGGUAAAUAACCAGACAAAUCAAGGUUAAAGCAAGUCAAAUUACUUCAAAUUUACCGACUGUUUAAAGCUCCUGUCAGGAUUUUUUUUCUCAUUCAUGCUAAAAGGAGAACAAGUUGAGAAUCUCCUGAAGUGAUUUAGUCUACAUGUAGAUAAAGCAGCUAACUCUAGCGUACAGAGAGCAGUAAUGAGUUUAAGAGACCACUGAUUUGUGAUGAACCUCAGAGCUCCAGUCUCUAGAGAGAGAAGGCUUGGAAAUGGUGCAGCAUAUAUUUCGGAUCACCAUAACCAAUCAGGGGCUUAAAAGAAGAAGAAGAAAUGGAGAAAAAGAGAAAAAAUAAGGACUUACUUCUGAGACAGAACCCCAGACAGUAACAGUCCUGACCUCGAUCACUGUCUGUUCUCCUGCUGUUUAAAGUCUAUUUGAUGGUAUGAAGGUGACAAUGAGCUGAUUCUGCCUGACUGUGAUCAGUGUUUCUGUCUCUCUGACUCUCCCUGCUGGUAAAACAGUUCCUGCAAACCAGAGACACUUUCACCACGGCCUUGGUGAAAAACGUGGUUGUGGUUUUGGUCUGGCUUAUCCUCAGUUACAUCAACAGCACCCUGGUCAUCACCUUCUUCAGACACCAGGUCUCUCUCUCACACACACACACACACACACACACACACACACACACACACACACACACACACUGAAAAUACACUUACUGUUCAACUGAGAUCAACUGAACAUAAAGCCUAUAGUUUGAUUUGCACUGUAAUUAAUUUCAGUCUGAAACAACACCAAAACAUGUCUGUGCUUUAGCUUGCAAGAUUUCAGGAUUAUAUUCUCUACCUUAAUUUUUUCAAUGUAAAUUUUAGGUCUUUUAAAGGUUUUGCAUCAGUUCAGUGAAGCAGACCGGUGGAUUUUAAAAUAUUUUAUGAAAAAUUACAAUUCAGUGUAUCACAUUUUCUGUUGCUCUUCAAUUUGUGACUGAAUAAUUAUGGUUAUAUCAGUUUUUCAACAAUUUGACUUGAAAGACUUUUGAAUAAACAGAUAUUAUUUUUGAUAAAAUAUACUUUCAAAUAAUCUGAUUUAUGACAUGAUGUGAAAUACAAAAGCAAAUGUUUUUUGACUACGAGGUCUAAAUUUCUUUUAGUUGUUGACGCUAUAAGAGACUUGUCCGGGACUUGCUGCUUUACUCAGAGAUUUGAUUUGGACUUCUGUCAUCUCUGUCAUGGACGGACUUCUUCCUGCUCAGUAAGAGCUAUUUGGGUCUAAAUUCUGGUGUGUAAUCUCUUGAGACGGGACAUUUUUCAGGACUUGUAAGGCGAAUGUGGCAUGAGUCUGUAGUGGAAGUCACUACAUGUGCUCAAAAAUCACUUUCAAAAACCAUUGUCUGUGAACACAGUUUAUCACAUAAAUGAGGUUAAAACUGAGCCUGGCAAAGAGGAAACCAGAUAUAAACAUGACCAAUAAAGUUUUGUUUCCUCUGUUGCUCCCUUCUGUCAUUUUUUUUCAGUGAAAUCUCCCUUUCUUUGUCUUUUAUCAGACAUUUUAUGAAGACCCUCGUUACAUCCUCUUCAUCCACAUGGUGAUCAACGACGGCGUCCAGCUCACCGUCACGGUCACACUCUUUAUCCUCAGCUACAUCUUCUUCAAGAUCAACGUCUCCUUCUGCUGCUUCUUCAUCCUGGUGGCCGUCUUCACCACCAGAAACACACCAGUCAACUUAGCUAGCAUGGCCAUUGAGCGCUACAUCGCCAUCUGUAACCCUUUGCGCCAUUCUCAGAUCUGCACGGUGAAGAGGACCUACAUAGUCAUUGGGGGUAUUUGGUUCAUUUCUGUGGCUCCAGAUAUCACUGAUCUGUUUGUGACUCUGGCGACUGAGCCUCUGAGCUUCUUCCAUCAGUCUGUGUUCUGUUUGCGCCAGUAUGUGUUCAAAGAUCCUGUCCUGGCCUACAAGAGACAGGUCUUUGACAUUGUGUAUUUCUCCGGUGUCUUUCUCAUUCUGGUCUUCACCUACCUGAGGAUCCUGUUUGCAGCCCGAGCACUCUCCACAGAGAAGAUGUCCGCACAGAGAGCCAGGAACACCAUCCUGCUGCACGGGGCUCAGCUGGCCAUGUGCAUGCUCUCCUACAUCUCCCCCAGCAUGGAGAUUGUCCUGCACCUCAUCUUCCCCGGGAGGAUCUCAGAGAUCAGAUACGCAAACUACCUCAUCGUCUACAUUCUGCCACGCUUCCUGAGCCCCAUCAUCUAUGGCGUCAGAGACAAACAGUUCAGGAAGUACCUGAAGAUGUACUUGCUGAGCAGCAGGUGCUGGGGCAAACAGAGGGCAGUGACUCCUCUGCAGAAAGGAAGCAUGUAA